UGGUUUCCUUGGAUUUCUAACAAAGCAGCAAGGCGGGGUUCGCUCAUCUGACAUGAUCGUGAUUUAUCGCUUUGCUUAUUAUGUUUGGAUCUAAGCAAGGGGAGGCUUGAUCUGGACUCUCUUGGAAGGCGGCUCAAGAAGCAUGCUUGGUAAUGAUGUUCUGUUGUUUUAAAUGGUGCCCAGAGAUUGCUACCAAAUGUGAGAUGCUUCCCCCGCACCCACCAGUAACUUCCUCCAGUGAUCUAGCAGAGACAUUCAAAUGGAAAGGAAGGGGUGAUAGGCAAGGUUGAUGGAAGCAAGGCAAAGCAACAUCUCUCUUCCUUAAUUUCCAGUUUUCUCCCUCCCUCUUAACACUAGUCGUCUCUAUAUGUUUUUAGGUCUGGAAAGUGAGGUCUAAGGAUGGUGAAACUUGGGAGCAAUUUGAAUGACAAGAACAAGCAGCAGCCGUCCAAUGAGGAUGGCUUUCAGACGGUUCCAUUGAUAACACCCUUGGAAGUAAAUCAUUUGCAGUUCCCAGCUCCGGAAAAGGUAAAUGGAACAGAACAGAACAAAACAGGAGCAGGCAACACUGUCUUCCCACUAGUUUGUUCUGUUGUCCCUUGGAAGCUUUUUUUUUUUUUUAAAGCACAGCUAUGGUUCCAAUUAAAUGCUACCUUAUAAAAAGGGAUUGACUGUUUCCUGUGUGUUUGUGUGUGUGUGAGAGAGAUUUAAAGCCCAGCAGACACACCACCUAAACCUGGGAAAUGGUUCGUGACUGAAGUCUUCAAAAUGGCAGAGUCUGUUCAACAGAUUAUUCACUCAAAUUUAGUGGGGGAAGAAAUAAAGCUGCGUCUGAUCCACUAAAGUGAUUUUAUGAAUCAUUGUGUUCUGUGCCUGCUCUGAGAUUGUGAUGAUUUGGGGUGUUUUAUUUUACAAUUCUCAGGAGUGUGGUUAAUAUCUGCAAUCCAUAUUGGUUAUUCAAUAUUACACUAACCUUCUAUAGAUGAGCAGGUAAAAUAAUGCAGAGGGUCAUUCAGUGCCUUCAUCUCCUCCCUCCCCCAUAAAUGGGCUUCUGGGAAGUGAUCGCUUUUGUGAAACUCAUAAUCAAACCUCGUAGCUUUCGACUGGCAUGCUGAAAAGUGGGCAUCAUUGAUUAGCUUUGCAUCGACCUGUUAUCUUUAUAUAGCCUGUUUUGUAUUCCAUACACAUGGUUAACUCCCAACUGUACUGUAUUUGGAGAGAUAAUGCAAUGCCAUCAACACAUCUCACCAUAAUACUGUGUGCCCAGAGCAUCUAUGUAGCAUUAAUCCUUAUUGGGAAAAGAGAGCCACUGCAGUGCUGCGUCUUUGUAUUUUAAUGAAGUAUAUACAAUACAAAGAAGGUGUUGCCCUCAUGCAGUAACGACAGAGUAAAUACAUUUGAUUCUCAAAUUGCACAUGUCAUAAAUGUUCAGAAAAAACAUGUUGAUAUGGGUGAUGUAAUGCUAAUAUAUCUGUUGGCAAAUAGAAAAGGGGAAAGGUGCAAGCGACUGGGCUCAAUUACUUCAGUAAAAUCAGACUUGUGGCAAAAGACUGUAAUAUGCCUAGUGAAUCAUUAUAACAAUAUAGAGGAACUCCACUGGGACUGUAUUAUGGUAACUGAGGGAGGACUGAGUUUGGUAUAAGCAAGGAGAGAUGAAGACAAGCUGAGCACCCGCAAUUUUGGUUGCAAGAAGGUAUAAUCCAAACUGAUUUCUCAGAAGCAAAGAACACACAGCUUGCAAGAUGAGUGUUUGUAGUGUGGUGUUAAACUUCUGGAAGUAGGUCUGACAUUGGGGUUUAGAACUGAAUAUUUCUUUUCUUUUCUCAUAUUUUUUUUUUAAAAAAGGAAGAGGGUUGCUUCCUAAGUGCCAGUUUUUGGGAGUUGUUCUUUUCCUGUUGUCGCUGCAAAAUAAGACUGCAAUUCUUUCUCCGUCCUCUACCUCCCAAAUCGUAUAAACCAAGGCACACAUUUUGCCAAGUAGAUUAAACAUUUCAACAAAAAUAAAAUAAAAAUGUGGAAAUGCAAAUCUGCCCCUCCCCCCUUCUUUCCUUUUCCAAAUGAAAACAGUUCCUCUGAAUUCCACAGGAGUAGCCUAGUGACUGACACAUCAGUUGUAGCAUGUAGGCAAGAGCCUGUCUGCUUCAUCAGGGGCAUGAAGUGGACUGUCUCCCUGUCCUCUUCAGAUAUAUGAUAUGAAUAAAACCCUUGCCUGUGAAAUCAAUUUGCUGUAGUUUUGCAUGAACCUAAAUGGUUGGUUCACCAAAAAGCAUGUUUUGCCUGGGGCUUCAAGGUCCAGCGAGUAGCAUUAGCAAAUCAUUUUAUCACCCUCAUCACUCCAUAUCUCAAAAUGGGAAGAGGAGGCAACUGCUGCUAGCCUGGCUCUAUUUAGGCAAAAGCUCUUGGACCAAGUGGAUGAACCAGAUCUCAGAACUGCAGCCUGUUGUAGGUUGUGCAGCCCCAAGAUCUGGCAGGCAAGCGCUUAAGCAGGUAUACACAGGGGGAUGGAAAGCUGCAAGGUCAGCAUGGACGACAGCAGCUUAAGUAGAGUCUAGGGAGCUAGGCUAAAAUAAGUUGUUGCACAAGCAACUGCUGGGUUCACACUGACCACCUUCAUAAAGCUGCAGCUCAGCUGUGUGAUUGAUGACAGUGUGAGUCGAGAGCUGAAUCAGAGUCUUCAUUUAACAUUUGCUGCCUCAUGGGUGGGUCAGAUUAAUUUGGCCUCCAGGGCGUGUAAGGCACAACAUCCUGGUUGUUGCUGUUGUGGUGGUGAUGCUUUUUGGAGGAGCGAGAGGGAUCUCAUGGUUUUGUGAUGCAGAACCACGAGGUUUGGGGUGGGGGAUGCUGUUCGAGGGAGACGCACACCACAGUGCAACUAAAUCCUCAUGGUGUGAGGACUCAGUAUCUGUUGAGGAACCAGCAAGCUAAAUAGUGUGGAAGGCUGUUUUGGAAACCCGACUAAUGUCUCAGAUAAAGCAAUUGUUUUAUCAUUACUUUCCCAAACCCUUUUGUCUCAUUCCAACAAUUUCUUCCGGUCCUGAACGCAUCAACUCAUGUAAGGGCAGCUCACCUUCUAUUCGAUUGGCAAGGUGGACAGCAAAAUAAGAUCACACUUGAAGCUGGCCCACCUACUAGGAUGGAAAGAGAACUUAAAUUACCUUGGAGCUCCACAUGCAUCUUUGAGCACAUGUGGAGCUUUUGACCGAGGACUGAAUAAUAAUGAACAGUCAUGAUGAUGAUGCUAAUAACAACCAGCAUUACGUUGUUGUUAUACUUUAAAUUUUCAUAUCAAACAACUAAGAAGCUUUUAGUGAAAAAAACUUUCUCUCCUUUAGUGACAGCACAAGGCAAAACAAGGUGUUAGAUGUGUCACAUUUUAUUAUUUUAAACAAAUUAGCAGGUGUUUCUGCUUGAAAAUGCAAGAAAACCUCCCAUUAUGUGCAGCCAGGCCACUGAAUUUUUUUAUACUGAAAAAGAAUACUGUUGUACUGAAGUACUGUAGAAGAAUACUACUGAAAAAUCAUUUGAACAGUAUGGAUCCGUUGUCUGCUUCCCCACUCAAUGUGACUUCUGAGAAUAAAUGUGCUAUUCUCAUGCAACCCUUCCAUGGAUGUGUAGUUAAUAAGUAAAUAUUUCUUACAGCCAGUUGACAGAGGUUUCAUAUGUAGGAGCUAUAAGUAAGAGGUCAGCUCUUAAAAAUACUGAGUAUUUCAAAAUAGGUUGUGGGAUGCUCUGGCCCAAACUAUAACUUACUUAAAAUGGAUUAAAUUGAUCAUAGGCACUUGAAUGGUGAGUAGCCAAAGAAUAGUAGCUGAAUAAAAUGAUGAUGGAAUCACCACUGUACAUUCUAAUUGUUUCCUUUUCUUUUGAUAGAUCUGAAAUUGGUCAGUGUUGGAAACAUGUUAGUAGGUGAGAUAGACUUAGCUAAGUGUAGCUCUUAUCUAUGGGAACUCUGGAGCUGAUUGGAAGCACAUUGGUUUGUUUUGUAUUGAGUGUGGAUUGGUAUCAGUUGCCCAGAAGACAGAUCCUUAAGAAGUUCCUAUUAAUUAAAUGAGGCUUUGUUUGAGAAGAGGUUAAGUAAGGAAGGAAUUUUUCCCCAACUAGAAAAUCAGCAUGUCCUCCAGCAACCUGUUGAUGCCCAUGAGGGUUUUCCUGUAGCUGAACUACAAUGACCUUUCCAAAUUCUCCAUGCUAUUUGUGUGUGUGUGGCAAAAUUUUACGCAUGUGGUUAGGGGCAUAUUUUCCUCAGAAAACUCUUACAAGAAAUUUUGCUCAGGGGUAGUGCACAUCUGCUUGGGAUGCAAAAGCUUCCAAGUUCAGUGUGUGCCAUCUCUCGGGACCAGUUAUCCAGUGAUGGGGAAAUCCUUCUCCCAUGACCCUGAGGAGCCAUUCCUAGUCCCAGCAGGACCAGAUGGGCUAAUUCUUGGACCUGAUCAUAGUCUUAUGUUCUUGCCUCUGUUCCUGUAACCACGUUCCUGUUCUGCAGAACUCAUAAUUCAUCUAUUUUCCAAAAUCCAUCCCUCUUGUUCUGACACAUCAUUCUGUACUUUUUAGAUAACCUGGGUUUCAAGUACAGAAUAUGUUAAAUAAUAAUAAUAAUAGCAAAGCAGAGAUGUGUAUGUUUGCUUAAUUUCCACAAAGGAUAGUAUUGGCUGAUGCAAAAUGUUUGUAUUUUUGAAGGAGCUCUGUGUGCGAGCCAAGGUGGGGUGGGGCCUCUCUCACCAAGGCCUCCCUUUUCUAAGCUGUGUGCUGAGCACUUCUUUCUCCUACGUGUGUCACUGAGCAGCAGCCUUCGGUGGACAUUUUGUGAGCAUUUGCACAUGAAGAUGUGAACAAAAAUGUGGCAGCCACAGAAGGAGUAGAGAAGAGAAAAUGUGUGCAUGGAUGUGAGAAAAGAAAAGGGGGUGGUGGUAAAUGAGAGAAAGGCAGUGGUUUGUUUGGGUUGCAGGGUUUUUGCUUUUGUUUCCCCAGUGAUAAGUGUUUUCUCUUUUCAAUUUUCCCAAACAGCCUCCUUAAAAUGGUACUUUAAGGUUUCAGUUCUAUAUCUGCUUUCCCGGGAGUAAGCACCUUUGAACUCAAUGGGGUUUACUUCAGAGUAGACUUGUGCUCUUAGAAUGUGCUGUUAAAGCACUUGUUGAGGUUUCAUAAUCUCGCUAUCUAUCCUGACGAUGUGCUUUGUAAGCUUUUCUUUCUUAGAAACCCAGUGUUCUCCCAGGCUACUAGCCUAUUGUAAAUGUGUGCAAUAAAUUGGGUUGAGCAUUAUCCCCAUGGCACUUCUGAAUGUGGAUUUUAGCUGAUGAACCCAUUUUUCAUCUUGUCUUAAUGGGGAUUUUUACUGCAUCCUUCUUUAGCUCUCCCAGUGAAAUUGUGACAAUCCAAAAGGCAUUUAAACAACUUCAAGGAUUUUGUUGCAGAGCCAGAGCCAGUGGAUACCGUUUGUUAGAGGCUGUUAUCCAGUGGGUUUGUUUAUGGAUUUUUCAGCUAGGCUUAUUUAUGGGUUAAUGCAGGUGUGGGAAACCUCCAGUUGUGGGCCAAAUUUGGCUUGACACAGUCCCCAGUUCAGAUUGUGAGGCUGAUUAAUGCAAACCAUGCCCACUUGCCCCACACCUGGUGUCAUAUAUGAUUGUCAGAUGCAGGGCAGGUGGUAGAGACGCAGCUGAUCUCAGCAGAAAGCAGGGUUGAAGUCACCACCCAUAAGCAUCUGGGUUAUGAGUUCGAGCCUACUGGCUUGUCUGCAUGACUGAGUUUCCUGCAGCUGAUUCAACCAGAAAGCAGCUUUGCCAACCCUGUGGGAAGUACUAAGUAUCAGUCUAGUGAAGGGUUUCCCAGAUGGGUCUCCAGCUGUUUUUGGACUACAAUUCCCAUCAUCCCCGACUACUGGGCUUGCUAGUUAGAGAUGUUGGGAGUUGUAGUCCAAAAACAGCUGGAGACCCAAGUUUGGGAAACACCUGUCUGGUGGUUCAAGUGUUGGGACCUGGAAGACCAGUGUUAAAAUCCCACCUCAAUUGCGAAACUACCUGGGUGAUCUUAGGACUGUCAUCUCUUAGCCUAACCUGCCUCAUGUGGCCAUUGGCAGGAUAAAGUGGGGGGAGGGGACACUAUGUAUGCUACCCAAAACUCAUUGGAGGAAAAGUUGGGAUUGAAAUGAAAUAAAUCAUAGGGAAAGUUGCCAACAACUGAGUCCACCAGAGCUUUGUUUUUAAUGGAGAAUUAAUGAGAGCAGUGCUCCAUGAAUUUUGUGUUCCGGUUGUGUGUCCUUUGCUUUGGUGGCAUUAAAUGUCAAUACAUUGUGAUGAUAAAUGACCAAUUCCUAGCUGAUUUGCAACAUACACAGGCAGGCCUGUGCAAGCAGUUUUCUGACACCGGUGGGUCACAGUGGAGCAUGGGUAAAUGCAUGACAGACUGGAGAACAGAACAAAUGGGCCUGCCCUCAAAAGCUUCGUAGACCUACCAGUGUUCAGUUCCAGGUUUUGAUGGAUAAGCAAUGGGCUCUUACUCAUUGGGCCUCAUUCCCCGAGUGCCCCCAGCUCCUUAUCUUCACCCCUGCUGCUGCGGUGGCACCCAUUCACUUGCUUGCCUCCGUCCUCUGGGCCCAGUCCAUACCACAUUCCAGAGGGAAAGGGGUAAGGAGGGGAGCAAGGGCUCCUUUCCCUCACUUCCCUCAGAGAGCCAGAUGAACUAGCCAACAGCAAAUGACCACUUUGAAGACAGCAUGUGUGCUCAGAUAUUUCCAUUCAACUGGAGUUGGUCUGAAGGAGAAGGUACACAGUGUACUCAAUGUGGCUCUGUGACUGGUGGAACAUGCAGCACAUGGCACCAGUUUCUCCUUUGAUUCCUCCUAGGAGACGAGGAAUCUGCACUUUGACUUCAAAGUAUUGCUUUUUAUAUCCCCUGUUUGUUUAAGAUAUAGGAGCAUUAUUAUGUUUUAUUCAAAAGGAUAGUGUCAUUCUGGUGGUGUUCUCUACACUACAGGUUCAAAUGCACCAGGCCCCAUAUAGACUUUAGGUUUCAUAUUGCUUUCUGUCAGAUUAGGAAGGCUCUCUGCACAUGCCUGGAGGUAUUCAGUGCUUCAUUUCAUUUUUAAUAGAUCCUGGGGCUGGAUUCAUCUAAUGAGAUCCACCAGCAUAAAUGUUCUGCUAGUGCAGUAGGGCUUUUUUGCCCCUUCUCUUUGUCUCACGUGCCCCCUGCCCCCCAAUUGGCUUUGGGGUGUGUGUAUCAAGGGAAACCUCAGAAGAGUGCAUGGGAGGAGGAGAGGAGAGAUAAUUCCAUCUGGGAAAAUGAAAUGCUUGCAUUGAUGGAACCAUCUCCUUAGUGCUCUGCUGAAUUCCUUCUGGUUUUCCUUCACAUUGGAGCAACAUUCUGUUCACGUUCAGAGGAACUUUGCUCUCCUGGUGUGUGUGUGUGUGUGUGUGUGUGUGUGUGUGUGUGUGUGUACACACACACACACACACACACACACAUAUUGUUCCCUAUGGGGGAAAUAUUUUGUUUGUGCCCAUAGGCAUUUUAGCUUGAUAUACUGAGUUGGCAAACCUAUUCAUAAUAGCAGCCAGAGGCACAUGCAUAUUUAUUAUGAGAAAUAGAUGUGUGCUUGGUUCCCUUGAAAGCAAGAAAUUGCUUUCUCUGAGGGCCAGGUGAGAUGUUAAUUAGGUUGGAUUCAUUCCAACUAGAGAGGGCUCCAUUUCAUCCCCUGCCCCAACCUUAGCACAUGCUCCUGAUAGUGUGGGUACUUCAGGACUGCAGUUAAUGGAAGAGCAGGCCUCAAAAUGGCCAAUAAUGCCAGUGCUAAAAAGUACACAGUGACGUAACUUGUGAAAAAAAGAAAAAGAAAACUGGUAUCCUAGUUACAUAUUAAUGAUGACUGCUUAUACAUGAGCUGCUACCCCUCAAAAAGAAACCUUGAAUAACUCACUGAAUGUGAUAGCUCAAUGUGUUGCAGUUGCCAGAAACCUGAACAAGCUGUUAGGAACAACUGGGGGAAAAAUGUCAUUAAAAUAAUCAAAAGGUGCUUCUGCUAUAAACUGCUAAGGUACCCGAGUAUUUUUAACCUGAAGUAGGAAUGGGGGAUCCUGGUGUGCUACAGAUACUGGACUACAACUCCCAUCAUCUCUGACCUGCUGGCUAAGGCUAAUGGGAGUUGGAGUCCAACAACAUCCGGAGGGACAGAGUUUCCUCAUCCCUGACCUAGAGCCAACCAGUUUUAAGAGGAGAUAAUAAAAAUGAGAAAUACUGACAUACUGGGGGAUAAUAGUGAAUAGAAACCAGCAGUUUCCUCUUUCACAAUACAAGCAUUAGAGGGCCAGUGCUAAUAAUACACAACAAAAAUACUCCCACACAGGUUAAUAGCAUGCAUAGCAUGUAUAGCUUAUUUCCCCAGGGUGCAGCCUAUAGCAAACUGGAGCGGGGGGGGGGGGGGGAUAAGUCUGAAUAAAUCCAUAGGAAAGAGGAAUAGUUAGCAGGGGUGGACAUUCUUGCGCUUAAAGUAUCUCUGCAUGUUAGAAAGUCCUAUCAGAGUGUCCUCCUGUCGUUCCUCUAUCCCUGCUUUCUUAUGUCUGUCAGCACUUCCUGUCAGACUCUAACAGCCAAUUGUGGGCGCAGGCAAAAAUGGCUCGCUUGAUGUUAUAGUGAUGGCAGGUGAAUGACAAGUGGGUGGCCCUAUGGUGUGUGGGGGAGACAAGGAACCAGCCCACUGGCUGUAUCCAGUUCCCUGACACUGUGUUAGGGAACUGAUGGACCAAUAGGUGCUUCACCUGACUCUGCGGUUCUGUCUGUACAUUGCUAUGCAGACAGAAAACAUUUUCUUUAAAAAAUGGAGAUUCUCCCUGCAGCAUACAAAGCAUGGAGUCAUGUUUCAGAAUAUGGAACUGUGGAUUUGGAAAUUGAAGUAUUGUGUGAGGCAAUGCCUUUUCAUACCAAGAACUUCAAACUAGAGGUGAUGGGAUUGUCUGCGGCCAGCUAUAGAUAUGCAGCAGAAGGACUUGGUGGGAUGCUGAGAUGACAGAGUGGACUGUACCACUUCUGGCUGCAAAAGGGUGGUGCAAUUUUGUAAUACUUCCCUGACAUCAAACACAUGCACCCAUCCUCCUCCCUGCACAUAGCAUAUCAGGGAGAGAGAGUCUAGCAUAGCCACCUCCUUUCUGUGUUUAUCUACUCGCAGGAGUCAAAGCCUUGAUUUCAACUCCACUAGCAGUCUCAAAGGAAUAUGGUCCAUCCUCUCAGGACUCCACCACCUCAUCCUCUUGUGCAUUUAGAUCAGGCCUGAGACUCUCUAGGAAUAGUAACAGCCAUUUUGAAAACAACUCAUAUGUUCUGUCACUCAGACCUACAUAAGAAUAUAGGAAGUUGCCUUGUACGGAAUCAGACGAUUGGUCCAUUCAGCUCAGUAUUGUCUACACUGACUGGCAGGCUUUCAGACAAUGACAUCUCCCAGUCCUACCUGGAGAUGUCAGAGAUUGAACUGGGAAUCUUCUGUGUGCAAAGCAGGGGCCAUGAAGCUAUUUGGGGGCUAAUGAUGUGGGUAGGACUGCUUUUGUAUUAGUCUCCCUUCCCUUGAAGCACAAAUGUCUUUCAGUAAAACCAUAAGGGUUUUAGCAUUCCGCUAAGGAGAUGUUCCACCCGUGCAAGCAUUUCAGCUUUUGGCUGUGCUGGAGGUUCUCCCAAUCCCCUCAGAGCCAAUUCCAGGGGUGCAGGAGGGGUGCAGUGUAGGGAAGCCCCAUUGUGCAGGUGGAGGUCCUGGUGCAGGGCUUUUGCUGAUGGGGCUCAUUAGGUAUGUCCCAUCCUAAGGCUGGUUAUGUUUAGCCUGUAAAAAAGUGGCUGAGAGGAGAUAUGAUAGCCAUCUUCAAAUAGCUUAAGGACCGUCUCAUGUAAGAUGGAGCAAGCUUGUUUUCUCCUGCUCCAGAGGGUAGGACCCAAACCAAUGGCUUCAAGUUACAAGAAAGGAGAUUCCGACGAAACAUCAGGAGGAACCUUCUGACAGUAAGAACUGUUUGUCAGUGGAAUAGACUCUCACAGGAGGUGGUGGCGUCUCCUUCCUUGGAGGUUUUUAAGCAGAGGUUGGAUGGCCGUCUGUCAUGGAUGCUUUUUAGUUGAGAUUCCUGCAUUGGAGAGGGUUGGACUAGAUGACCCUUGGGUCCCUUCCAACUCUAUGAUUCUUUGCUUGUUCAUCAAAAACCAGAUGCAGCAGACACAUAGCAUUCUACUUAAUAGAGUUUUCAGAGUUUAAAAAAGCAGCAUGGAAUUAGGUCCAGAGAAGACCACAGUAUCUGUAGUCACAUAUUAGAUUUCACUUCUAUUUGCUGCAAUACUAAGCUGCUUAUAAGGAGUUUCUAUAUGUCCAUGGGCUCUUUCUAUGCUGCUGUAAUAUAAUUCGUGUCCCAUGCCCAAAGGGUUGGAUUAUUCUGAGGCUUCUGCAAUUCAUGAUAAUUCGGGGACUCGUGGCUUGCCCCAUCCCCUGCAAUGAGGCAAACCCUGCUAGACCUGAAGAUGCAGUGUCUGGAAAAUAAUGAGUCGUCUUUUUCUGAAAUAAGCCUCCUCCAGCAGUUAAGACUGCAGCUUCUGUGGGCACUAGCCAAUUGCUGAUAUAGGUUGUAGUCUUGUGUGCAGUUCAGUCUCUGUCAAUUCACUACCUUCAUUAUAAACUGGACCUCUUGGUGUGUAGCUCAGUUGCACACUGCAGUCAUGGGCCAUGAGCAAUGGAUACAUGAGUGUGUGCUUAACUUUCUCCUGUUGAAACUUUGCUGGAUCAUGUUAUAGCUAGGAAGACACUUCCCUGGAGUUUAAACCCAUUGCAUCUUGUCCCUGGCAACAGAGAGGACAAAAUGAUGCCUCCAUCCUGCCAAGGAGAUUCAUGUGUGGAGCAAGCAUCUGACUGACUGCCACAUCUUGCAUUAUGAUCUGUGGGUGUGAGAAAGCUGUGCAUCAUAAUAUACAUCUGAUUGUGCAUUGGGCAUGAAUGCUUACUCCCCACAUGCCAUAGCUUUCAAUGGGAUGUGCAUUUUGAAACCAUCGUCCCCCAGUACAUAUUCAAGUACAAUUAGUCAUGUAUCAAAAUACCCUUUUACCUCAUGGUUAGAUCAAAGUUGUUUAUUCUAUGAGCUUUUCAGUGUUCGCGGAUUGUCGAUGCUUGACUUAAGAGAUAGCAAACAUAUAACAUCAUGAAAUAGUAUUACUUCCCCUAUCUCAGAGGGGAUGCAUUUCUGAUAAUGUGUUCUGAUAACAGUAUUUUUCUUACUGGCAGCAACAGUUCAGUUUUUUGUCCAAUAGAAUCCUCCUCCCCUUCAAAAAAUAACACGAAAAGCUAUUUUGUUGUGUUAUCCCUUCGGUUUGUGGUGGAAAGCUUCAUUCACCCUUACCCAUCCACACCGGUCCUCUCACAGUCUGUGUUUGCAUUUGUUUUUGCUGAUUUCUAUAUAUUGGUUGGAGCCAAAGUUUCCAGUUUGCCUUCAUAGAAUCGUAGAGUUGGAAGGGACCCUGAGGGUCAUCCAGUCCAGCCCCCUACAAUGCAGGAAUCUUGACUGAAGCAUCCAUGACAGAGGGCCAUCCAGCCUCUGCUUAAAAACCUCCAAGGAAGGAGAGUCCACAACCUCCCAAGGGAGACCGUUCCACUGUUGUUCAAAACGUCAGUCCAUCUUCCCAUCACCAGUCCUGAUGGGUUUACUUUCUGUGGUUUUAAUAAACGUAUGUGGUUCAUAAAGAUGAGCUGUGCAAGUAAAUAGAUUGCCUUUUAAAUUUACAUAUAAUGACAGCUGUUCUUGGGAAGAGUUGUAGCUCGGUGGUAGAGCACUUGCCUUGCAGGCAGAAGGUCCUUGGUUCAGUCUUCAGCAUCUUUGGGUAGGGCUGAGGAAAAGCCUUUUCUGAAACUCCAGAGAGCUGCUGCCAGCCAACUGUUCAGAUCUGGGGGGACCAACAGACCGAGUCACUAGAACGCUGCUUCCUAUAUAAGCUGAGUAUGUACAUGAAUCCAUGAGGGCAUGUUGGUCAGGGGAUGUUUGUGUUGUGUGCCUCUAUAAAUCUGGCUCUGGCUCAGAUGGAGGAUUGAUUCAUGGACUCACUUUUCUCCCAUCAUAAGGCCUUUUUUUUGUAACUACCCCUUCAUGAGUUCCAUGUGGGACUGGGCGUUGUGAAGAAUUCAGCAUACACUCAGUUUUUCCAGACAUCAUGCAUUAUCAGAGGGAUAAGAAACUCCCGUUGCUUCCUGCCGCCGAGGAAAUGCAUUAAUAAAAGGGCUUUGAAUUAUUUUAUUUUUGGGGGUGGGUAAGUGAAUUACUUCAGUAUGAGAAAUGGAAGGGAUGAAAGCUAGGGAGUGGCAGCUUCUCUGCAGAGAUUUAUAAAGUAGUGUCGUCUAGAUAUUCUAGAUGUCAACAUAGCACCAAGCAUUGAUGGGCUCUUCAUAACAUGGAAAUGUCCACUGUCUCUGCCUAGUAAGCACAUCUGCAUUGGAUGGAGAAGACUGAAGGAGAGAUCAAGGUCAGGGAACAUCACAUGGCAAAGAGAAGGCAGGCAAGAUGAGGCUAGGAUAAUCCAGGCAGGGAUUUGUUGUUAGAGAAGCGGGUUUCUAGAGAAAUAACAUGGAGGAGAAAAAGGAGAGUGAGCAAAAGAGAUCAAGCCUGAUGGAGAGAGAAGAAGAGGCUGUUCUAGGCAGAGGAAGUGCAGCCUGGCAGAUGGCAUGGAGACUCAGGGGAUCAGAGAAAUGACAUUGAGAGCAGAGGAGUGACUGAGAAAGGCAGGGCCACCCCAACAUAUUUUGUUGGGGGUGGAAAAGCCCCCACUCCCUCAAGUUUAGAUAGCACACACAAGACUACAAGACUACAAAGACUUUAUUUGCGUAGCCAACAGGCCAUAGCAUCAAAGGACAAACACCGACAAAAAUACAUUACAAAUAUAGUUACCAUAUAGUCAAGUUUAGAUACCUAGGACCCAAUGUCAGCCAAUAUAUUCUGGCAUCCAACAAGUACCACUCAUACUUCCGGACAAUAAAAAUAAAAUAGCAACAUUAUUUGCUGCUCAUUCAUGACACCCCAGAUUGGUUGUUUGAGAUGCCUGUCUCACUCUGUCUAAUGAUAGGCCUGGCCUGAAAGAAGGGGUGUAAAAAGAAGUGGGAAAAGGGAUGCAGAGCUGACCCACAAUGCUGAUUCAGACUGCAGAUAGUCUACUACUAUAAAUUUGAAUGCUCUCUUCUUACAAAAACAUACUGCCUGUGAAAAGCUCACAUGCCAAGGGUCAAGUCUUUCUACAGGCAAGAACAGCUUGAUGUAGGAAAGCAUUUCAAACACUCUGUGUGAAGUGAUGUAGACUCCGGAGUGGCAGUACUGUGUGACACUCUUGAAUGUAUAGUUCAGCCCAUAGCAAGGGCUUGAGAAGGGGAAUGCUAUAGGACUCAAACUUUCAUGUCAAGUGUUACAAAAAGAUAGUGAAAAGACUUAAGGAGCUGAAUGACAUGGUCAUAGUAACUGGAGAAAAAAAAGCCUAAUAGGUACUUUCUGAACCAAACUGGAGUACAGAUAUUUGGCAGGAGGGAAGGACAGUUAGGAAGAUACCCCAGGAGGUUUGGUAGGCAACCACAGCUUGGACACAGGCUUUAUUGGCCAACAGUAAAAGAGAAGUGUAGCUAUUGGAGAUGCUUGAAACUACAAAUCUGGUGACUGAAUGGACAUGGGAGAAGGGAGGUCAUUCAUUGAUGAAUCUCAGGUUGUUUGACUCAAAUGGUAGAUAGAUGACUGUCUUAUUCAUAGAGAAGGGAGGGAUUGGUUGAGGAAAACCAUAAGUCCUGUUUUGACCUUCUUCAACUGGUGACAUUGAUGGAAUAUCUAAAAAGAAAUCUCUAGAAAUUUCUUUGCAUACCAUGUGAAAUAUUCUCAGAACUUCCAAAUGUUACUCAGAAUCAGGGAUCCACAUUUCCUGCUCCUUGAACUUCUGGUACAGUAUGUCACGUGGGACCUCAUGCAUCUCCCAUGCGGUAUGAGUUGCACUCACAUUGGAUAGGAGAUGCAGGAAUUUCACCUUCAGAUGUCACACUAGGAAGAUAUGAAGAGGAAGACUGAGACAUUUGAGCACAUAAGGAGAUGCUACUUAGUUUGGCUAGAGGAAAAUCACUGGAACCAACAAGCAAGUGAGAAUGGCAAAAACUAGACAGAAGAGGUUCAAGGUGCACGUUGGAAGAUAAUAUAUUAUGGCCAUGGUUGUGGAUAGGAUAUAUGAAGGAUUUAAAGGUGAAAUGAAAGAUGACGUUGGUUUGUUUGUGUACUUCUUUUCAGCCCAAAGUGGUAAAGAUUGGGACAGCAUGGCAGCAGCAGAGAGAGUCUGUUGUUUCUUUAUUCCAGAUGGAGGAAGACAGAAGCAUGUUUGAAAGCAGAGAGGAAGGAGCCAGCAAGCAGGAGGAGAGUAAAGAUGAGGGUGAGAUGGGGGUGGGGGUGGAGACGGAGGCAAAGAGAAAGGACAUUGCAUUUUAAUACAGCAUUUUACUAUUUUAUGCUUCUGAGCUGCCCAGAGAACAAUGCCAUUGGAUGGCUUAUAUAAAUGCCACAAAUGAAUAAAUAAUAAAUGCAAGCUUCAGGGCGAAACUUAACUAUGUAUCUAAAAGACGGGUGCAAUCCUAUACAUGCUCUCUCAGAAGUAAUUCCCCCUGUGCUCAGCAGAGCUUUUCUUCAGGAAAGUUUGUGUGUAGGAUUGCAACCUUGAGGGAAAAGUUAUGUAGGCUGUCUCUUGACAUCCUUCUGUGGGAUUCUGAAGGUGAAAUUCAGGUGACCUCUCCCUCACUACCCCCAAGCUGGGCACAAUAAAAUCUAGAGUCCAGUUUGGCCACAAUGACUGUCCUUGCCACAGAGAUUGCAGCUGGAGAACAACAGAGACAUGCAGCCCUUUGCGAAAGCAACAUGAGCUUUGAAUAUAGAGUUAGAUGAGUCAGAAUUCACCAACAAAAUGUAUGAAAACCCUUAGUUUGCUUUUCUCGUUCCUGCUCGGGGAAUGCCCUGACCGUGAGCUUUGGAAGAGUGCACAGGCCAAUCCUGAACCUGGAAGCAAUCAAUCUCCUUGGCAGGAACAAUGUGUUUUAUUUAUCAGUCUUGCCAAUCCCCGGGACUCCUGCAGCGAGCGAGACUUUCUAUUAUUAAUAAUCCCGAGGAGCAGUAUUUUAAAAUUUCAUGAUGUGCACUUUUUUUGCACCACCUGACCUACAACAUAUUAUAUACUCCUUGGCGGCAAAGCGAGAAUUACAUCAGGGCUACAUAUCCUUUCCUGAAAUGAAUAAUUUAGGAGCAUUCACGAUGCCCAGCUCUGUUAAAUGUUAUCGCUCUAUCCUGGGCAAAGAAGGAAGGGAAGAGUUUUAAGUGCAAGCAUAAAUGAUCCUGGAUUUCCUCAUGUGAUGGAAGGAUUCUGAAUAAUUGCAAAUCAGAGUGCUGGGUCUUCUUAUUCUUCAACAUGGAAAGCAAGCUAUUGUAAUCCUUUUUAAAGGUCUCCUAUCUUCUUUUACUCAUUUGGGUUUCCAUCAAAGGGCUAUCAAAGGAGCGUCCUUGUUUUGACCUAGUUCAUUGGUCGAUUAGUACUGUUGCUUUUUAAUUGGGAGACUUCUCCAAGGCCUCAGAGCUCUUUCCCAGCCCUGUUAGCUGAGAGCUUUCAAGUGGAGAAUACGAGAAAGCCAUUUCCCUUCCCCGGGGAAAUGGAGUUGCGGGCUGGACACGAUCCCGCCCCGUGCGCGGGGGUGUGGCUAGCCCCUGCAUCAUAGGGAGUCCCCCCUCCAUGACGCAUCCUAGGCCAACCAAUCCGGUUGGCCAGAGGGCAUGGCGUGCAGCAUUUAAAGCAGCCCGCGGGUGGGAACUCGCCCCCUUUUCCUGGUUCGAGUUGGUUACCAUCGACGGGGCUCCCCCUACUGGUGGUUAACCUUUCUGAGACUUCCUGCAGGUGGGCAGGAGUCAGAUAUAGUCGGUUCGGUUCCAGUGCCUAAGCCAAUACCACUCACUUUUUGUACCCAAUAAAGUUGCGGCCCUUUUUAGCCCAUUAACCUAAAAUAUUGGUGUCAAGUGUCUUUAUUCUAACAUAGGGGGAGGGUUUGGGGCCUUGCCAUACAAUUGAGCUCAUUCCUACAAAGCUGGUGAUCUGCUGCUAGUCGUGGGGCAAACUGCCCCCCCCCCCGUCAGAACUGAGCUCAAAAACUCAAAUAUCUCCCCUCCACAAAGCUGGAAAAUAGCAUAUUUUAUUCUGAGCCCAAAUCUGAGCCAAACACUCUUAACCACCCCCUGCUCCAGACUGCUGUUCUAUUGUGGGUGUACGAAGUAAUAUGUUGUGGUCCUAGGCACAGUGCCCCCCCUACUUCUAUGUGAGGUGUGGAAACCAUGUGCUGCCAGCCUUUUAAGCCUUGCUGCCAGACUGGGCAGGGCGACAGCCGAUGCUUGGCCAGCCAGCAAGGUACCACCCUCCACUGGGGCUUCCUUUUGGCCCAUUCACAUUUGCCCUCUUUGGUGAGAAGACCGCUCCUUGCUACCACCGGCCAAGGGGAAUUCCACAACAGUGGCUGGCAAGUGAGCAAGUUCAAGUUGCCGGGGACGAAGGCAGAGCACAAGGAGGCCGCAACUAUUGCCCCCCGUAGAUACAUUGAGCGGCCAUUGUUGAUGCAUUAAUAGUUCACUUGAAGUGGAUUUAUACUGGAUUGUCCAGAAGUCACCCCACAGUUGUUCUGCGAUGCUCCCCCAGUGUUCCUGCAUUAUUGCAACAACACUUCAUUGUCUGUGUUCCCUCACUGCAACUCCCCCACUUUAAGCUACCGUACUGUCAUUUGUGUACUUUUUAUGCUUUUAUGGCCAGGCUGUGGUUGCCUGUGCUAAAGCAUUGCUCAUUUCCACAAAAAUAUCCCCCUCUGGGGGAUAUUUGGCAUCAUCAGGAAGCAUGUUGGAAUAGGUUAGAAGCAGAUACAUUCUGGCACCUUGCAGAGGUGCUCUUAUGCUAUGGUGCAGUAAAAGUGGGACUCUAAAGAGAGCUGGAACAGUUGUAGCAUAAACAGUUAUGGGAUUUUAGCAGGAAACCAAGGGGCACAUCUCAGUGGAAGCUGAAGCCAUAUAACCACCCUGAAGUUUUUGCAGGUACAAAUGGCAUUGAAAGUGCGAUUGCAUACAGCCACUCUGAUAGCAUCAUGAGCACAAAUGAUAAUGCACAAUAAAAAGAACAUCUGGAGGGGCCCUUAAUGUAAUAAAAAACACAAAGGAGAAAUCUUUGCAUGGUGGAACGUUCUUAGAGCACCAUGUUGCAUACAAUCCAUAGUUCUGAGACCAUGAUGUAGGUAUAAUUUAGCAAGUUGUGGAAAGGAGAAAGGAGAGGUUGCCUGUGAAGGAUCCAGGGUGGAGUGAGACUUGCCAGCCCCUCUGGGAUUGUUGGUGGGAAGGGCAGAGGAGUGCAGCUUCAGAAUGAGAUUGAAGUACAUGCCUUUGGACCUCAUCACCAUCAGCUAGUUAGCAGGGGCUCAGGUGUUAGUGGAGAUUGGCCUGCAGGACACAAACUAGCUCUGAGGGAAUCCUGCAAAGUAUAUGGGAGACAUGCAAGGAUGUGGGACUCCUUUUUGAACAUCACCCAGUACUGAGGCCUUUAACUGAGUCAACAAGGAUGUAAGAUCUAGAGUUGGAGUCAAGUGAUGUGAACGUGCCUUAUUAACGACCAUGAUUUUGGAAUGGCACUAGUUUGGCUCAGUGAGUAUUGAAAUCAGGCUGAGCUGCAGAUCUCUUGGUGACUAUAGGCAAGUCACUAUCUCAGUCUCCAUUCCUUGAUACGAAGUAUUCCUGUCUCAUUCUGCGAGUCAUAUUAGUCACCGUAAAACCUUCUUGGAGAGGUUAUAGCAGAAGUCAUUAAUGUUCUUACCUUCAAAGAGGAGCAGAAAGCCUCUUAGAUAAUAGUCCUUAAUUUAGCCUGGUCUGUUUUUAAAUCUAGGUCAACCCAAGUUUAUUUUUGUGAAUGGCAUGUUCUUGUUCUUUUUACCUACCCCAUUGUUCUGUAAAGGGGGUUUAGCAAACAUUCCAAGUGUUACUCAGCAGCAGGGACCCACACCUAUUCUUGAGCAUCUGGUGCAAUUUUGUCUUGUGGGAUCUCCUCCCUAGCAUCAGAUGUCACACUAGGAGUGUACGAAGAGGAAGUCCAGCACAUUUGUCCUACCCUGAUCCUGCUUCUGUUGUAACACCCAUGACUUCUCCUCCCGUGAGCUGGAGCACUCCGUAGCCUAAAUUCAUAAUAAAACACUUCCAUCAUAGGUGAGGUUCUCUCCUUCAAGUCUCAUGCUGAAACAAUCCCUUAUGUUUUGUGGCUCCUUGUGUGCACGUUAGCUUCAGUUUCUACCCGGCUAUUCAUAACUUCAUUUUUAUUAGGUUCUUUCAGGGAGCAUUUUAAGUUCUACCCUUCUGCUUCAAGGGUGUUGGGCAGGUGUUAAAUGUUUUGCCUUAUUUGAACAGCCUGGGCAGUAUCUAAAGGGAAUCAGUAGAGCGAGCACAUACACCAUUAUCGUCUAACCAUUGGGCUCCAUCUCUGGAGGGGCACCUGCUGUGAGAUUGGAAGAACAUAGGGGCUUAGGAAGCUGCCUUACACUGAGCCAGCUCCAUCUACUGCAGAGUGGCCUAUUUUUACUUAUUUCAUAAAUGUAUAUACCGCUAGAUCGUAGUUUACAAAAGCGGUUUACAAAAAGAAUAAAACAAUAAAAUUAUUGGUGAAAACAGCUACUCAAAACAUUCAAAUAAUAAUUACAAGAAAGCUAAAAACAGAUUAAAACACAUGGAGCACAUGUCCACACCGACUAGCAGCGGUACUCUCCAAGGUUUCAGGCAGCCAGACCUGGAGAUGCUGGGGACUAAACCGGGUCCCUCCUGCAGGCAAAGCAGAUGCUUUAGCGCUGAGCCUUUCCCUAGGGAGGAGAAAUGGAAGUAUUGCCUGCUGGAUCAAGUUUGGGAAGUGGGAAGACAAAAUGGUGGGUGGAUGAACGGAAUGGGACAUAAGAGGAUCUCCAGGUUGCAAUUUGGCGUGCUCAUGCUGGUUACAGAUGAGCUACUGAAUGUCAGGAACGGAGCCAUUGGAAUCCAUCAGGCAUCAUCAAGUGUCAUAUUAGCACCUCUCCCGCCCCCAGGACUAACGGUGGGAUGAUGAACAGUUUGAAUGAAAGGGGGGCGGGGGAUACAACACUCUGAGAUUUAUUACAUUUGGUUUCCUUAAAGGGAAUUCUUCUGGAAUGAUUAGUUAAGUUCCGAGUGAAAGAUCUGAAAAUAAUUUGAUUCUGCAAAUGUAUGUGUGUACAUGAUAUAUGGGUUUUGAGAAAUCAGGUCUAAUAAGAGAGAACAGUAGCUGCAUUUAUUUAUUUAACUUAAAACUGUGCUAGUCCAUUUUCUAUAAAACUAUUCACAGUGUGUCUUUCAAAGGCAGUGCAUUAACACGGUAUGAUACAAACAGCAGACAGAAAAAAUAAACUACGGUGAAUAAAACUCAUUAAGAUAUUAAAAAGCAGAGGAGCAGAGAGCAGUGAAAUCUAUAGGAGCGGCAGUAAAAUAAUUUGUAAAAAAACAAUGAGCCUGCUAAGAGCCUUGGAGAACAAAGAGGUUUUUAUGGAGGCAACGAGCUAAAAGUAUCGGGGCUUCCACAAUUGGUUGGGGGAAUGGUAUUCUGUAGGCAAGGUGCCACCACAGAGAAGCCCCUCUUCCCAGUUUCCACAUGGUGCAAGUGCCAUGAGGAGGACUUCUGAAGCAAAUCUUAGGUAUCAGACAGGUUCUUAUUAAAGGUGGUGUUUUAGAUGCCCUGCUCAUAAAUAAUUUAGGGCUUAAAGGUAAAAACUAAUUCUUCUUCUUCUUCAAUGAUUGUUUGAUAGUGGUAACAGCAUACUAUUAAAUGUUCUUACAUGAUCUUUCAUUACUGAUGAAUAUGAGGUUCAUGAAACUAGUUUUGGAAGAUUCGAAAGACUGAUGAUAGCUCAUAAUCCCUCAAGAACAGAAUUCCGCUGACAGCAUUUAUUCCCCGUCACGAGAACACCUUUAAGAUCAGGUACAACUCCAUUCAUGUGCUUCUGGUUUAUAUUGCUUCCCCACCCCCCAGAGGAGUGUAUACUUGAGGAAGGCUCCAAACUGUUUGCAUGUUGUAGGAAAAUUAACUGUGUGAGAUGGACCACCAUGUUUGUUCGUUGAUGGGAAUUUGGUUAUAGGUAAGCUGGCAGCUGCUGGAAGUUGAAUGUAUAUAAACCUGCUCACAACAGAAAGCAUUGUGGGUUAUAAUGGUAGCAAGGAUGGCAUGCUAAAUAACAAUGUACAAUACUAUAUAGAGAAAGUUUAAUGGAGACCAAAUGUAACUGAAUGGAAGGAAAGUUCAAUAAUUAAAUCCUUUAUAGGCACUUUAAUUAUAAGGAUUAUAUGAGCAUGCAGCACACCUACAGGUCCAGGGUGAGGCAAGUUCCUUGUGCUCUCAUGUAAAUUAAAGUGAAUCUGGGUUGUGGAAUGGAUCUGGCUGGCAGGCAGGAUCCUGAGCGACCCUUUUGACUGGUGGGCAGGGCAUCUGACAUUACAGUAUAGUGGUUAUCAGUCAUCUGGUGUCAGAUGCCACACUGUCAGAAGACCCUUUUCAACACUAGUUUGAAUUCAGAAAAAGAUGCUGAUUUUUCAAUUUGAUAAAAAUGUGACUUCUUGAUGCAAAGGAAGUAUUAAUCUCCAUAGCUACUUCUUGACAUUUCUCACACUUAACAUAAUAUAUGAUGUCAGCCUGGUAGGCCAAAUGACCCACGAGCUGGAGGUCCACACCAGUGUGCUCAAUGGUAGAAAGUGUGCAAAUGGUAAUGAAACAUUUGGGGAGGGGUGUCAAGGCAUAACUCCUCCUUAUGAAUGCAUUUGAUGAAGCAGACUCUCUGCCACACACAUUUAUGCAGUUCAGUUUCUGCUGUAAUUAGGCAGUUUCUUCAUGCAGGAAAUUGAAGCAUUAAUUAAAGGCCCUGAGUUCAACGACAGUCUAUAAAACAAAAGUUCAUCUAAACAUGUGCAAAUGCAUCCCCCUCGCUGUUCAACAAUCUACACAUGUGGUCUGCCUUUCCAAGUCAAAGGCAAGCUUUCAAGCUGCCAACUCCUUCUUGAGAAAUUAUUCGCUGGCUAUAUGCUCUCUAAACAUACAGCGGUACCUCGGGUUACAGACGCUUCAGGUUACAGACUCUGCUAACCCAGAAAUAGUACCUCGGGUUAAGAACUUUGCUUCAGGAUAAGAACAGAAAUCGCGCGGCGGCAGCGGGAGGACCCAUUAGCUAAAGUGAUACCUCAGGUUAAGAACAGUUUCAGGUUUAGAAUGGACCUCCAGAACGAAUUAGGUUCUUAACCCGAGGUACCACUGUACUUGCAAUGUGUGCAAAAUUCAGUCCCAGUGUGACGCAUUCCCAGGUAAGUGCGCAUAGGAGCCUUAGUACAUCUUGUAUCUCCUUGAUUUCCAAAGUACAUUAAUAGAUGCUUGAUGUCCUUGAGUAUGGGAGGGAAGUCCUCCUGUAUCGAUUCCAAUAGGUCAUCUACAAACCAGAUAUAAAUUAAACAAGGGAAUAAAAGAUUUAAAGGGAGACUAAGGGAUUAAACCUGGAAAGAAGUCAGACACUACAGAGGGAAAAUGGAUGCUCUGGCAGAGCUUCUGCAUUGCAUUUCAUGAUGAGAUAGUGGGAGAUGUACCUCCACAUACUGCAGAGCUGCAAGGGUCUGGGUGAUAUUCCUGAUUGGUUUAUAAAUAGAACACAGAUGCAUUUUCUGAAGAACAUUACUUAGCAGGUGCUAAUGGGACACUUCUAUAAUUAAUGGUCCAGGCUGCACAAAGGGCAUGGCGAAAACAAAUGGAAUGCUGCCUUAGGGCCCAGCUAGGAACAGAAGACACUGCAGCAAGGAAGAAAGCAUGAGAGAGGGAUGUGAACACUGCUUGGUGCCUUUACGGCUGGCAUAACCAGCAGGCAAGACUGCAGAGCUCAGAGAUCUUAAUGGUAUUUCAAAAGCUCUCUCUGUAUUUUGGUGAUCUGUGGUUUUUUGUUGGGAGGUUUUCGGGUGCAGAUUCUGCACAAAUAAUCUCCACAUGCAACGAGCAGUGUGAAAUUCUCUUGUUUUGUUAAAUCGUUCUUAAUAAAGGAUAAAGCUCCUCUCAUGCUACGCUACCUGUCAAACCACAAAAUGUGGUGGUGCUCUCAACAAGCUAUUCCCUACUGAUGUUAAAAGCAAGACAGGGUUGUUCCUUCAGAUAUUUGGAUCCUCCGCCAUUAUGUUUGUUAGCAAAUGGCAACAUGCCAAUUACGUUUCUGCAGCAGUAUUUUAGGGCCUGUGGUUCAUAUGGAAGACACUUAACUAUGUUACAGCUGGUUUCAAGUAUACGGCUGUCUGAUCUACAGUACUGGGAACAGCUUCAUGUGAGCUAGGGGAAAUGAUGUCAAAAGCAUGUCAGCAACACAUAUAAGGCAACCUGUGUAUUCAGGGUCAAACUGAUGCAUGCUGGAGUCAGGAUUAUCAUGCUAAUUCAGAAUGCUAAAGUCAAAGGCCAGGGGUUGACUAGACAAAUGAGAAUCGGGCAGAACUGGAUAGUUACUACUAAAGUGAUGCAAGUUGUCAGGAUCCACAUGAGUACCUGCUCAGUAUAUGAAGGCUCGGAGUCUGUGAUGGAUUGGUGGUGGUAGAGGCUUUUUCUUACUGGCAGACUCCCUUUGUGAAGAAGAGGUCCCUUUUAAAAGACUGUCAGUAGGCUGCCACCAGACAGGAUAAACAUCCAGCCCCACCCUCUGGUUUGUCUAACUGCUUGGGGGACUUUCUGCUCCCCUACAUCCAGCCCAGCUCUUGGAGGGAAAAAUAUGGUUUGGAUUUGCUCUCCCAAAGGACAUAGAACUUAAUAAAACCUCCCCCAGUCUCUGGGACAUUUUUUUUUAAUGUUCUUUUUUUUUUUUUACUUCUAAAAAGAGUUUCUUAAAAAAUAACAACAAAGCAGCAGAUCAGUCCUGCUUUGUGGCAAUGCAAGGCAGAAAUCAGACUGUGAACAGGGUGAGAUUCUGACUGGAUACCAGGGAAACUAAGGCAAUACAGUCAUGUUGUUGUCGUUUAGUCGUUUAGUCGUGUCCAACUCUUUGUGACCCCAUGGACGCCAGGCACUCCUCCCACAGUUUGGUCAAACUCAUGUUCAUAGCUUCGAGAACACUGUCCAACCAUCUCGAAUACAGUCAUACCUCGGGUUAAAGUCGCUUCAGGUUGAGCAUUUUCAGGUUGCACUCUGCGGCGACCCGGAAGUAACGGAACGGGUUACUUCCGUGUUUCACCGCCCGCGCAUGUGCAGACGCUCAAAAUGACAUCAUGCGCAUGCGCAGAAGUGACGAAUCAUGACCUACAGACGCGGGUUGCAUUCUGCUCAGGAUGUGAACAGGGCUCCAGAACAGAUCCCGUUCGCAUCCAGAGGUACCACUGUACAAAGUAGGGAAGGACUCAGGCUUUGCUCAGGAAACACAGAACUCCCAUGUUGCUUCAGCAAGGACAAAACUGAGACUCAGCCCUAAAUAGUAGCAGCCCUAUAUAGUAGCAGCUGUAUCCUGAUUGUUAGCCCCCCCCCCAUUGGAAGAUACUGCUUUGCUUAAAAGCACAGUAGUCUCCUAGUAUGGUGGACCCUCUGGUCUUACUGCGUCUUCAGUGAAGUUCUCUGCAUCUAUGAAUGGCAGUGUCACAGCCUCUCGUGACGUUGCUGGGCUUCUAGGGCUGGCUCUGCAUGGCUUUCUGCUUUUGGUUCAGAGUCCCCAGCUCCACCACCCAAAGAGGAAUCUGACUCCUGGCCCCUGACAAAACCAGCAGAUGAAUGUACAAACCUUUGCUUGAGGCUUUUCAUUGUCGUUUUACAUGCCUUCUGACAUCUGAUCUGGAUGCUGCCAUUAGCGCAGAACGAGUGAGAUCCUGUCUGCAAAUAACCGCACUGCUCAGAGGUGUGCCCACUUGCUGCCAGAACAAGUUCAAAGUGUUACUGUUAGCAUUUCAUGGAUCAAAACAGAACGGGGCCUACAUCUGAGUAGCCAGGCAUAGGAUUGCACUGCCAAUUAAAAAGCAGAUAACUUCAGAGUGGCAGGAGGGAGACUAGUUACGAAGGGGCAGGGCAAGGGGAGAAUUAUUGAUUGAUGAUUUUUAAUUAUAAGCCACCUUUCAUCAAAGAAUCACAGAGCAAAUUACAAAAUAUGACUGAGAGGAGAUUGCUGUCAGUUCAUCCUACUUAAAUCUCUCAGCAUACUUCUCUCUCUCUCCCCCUCUCCCACUCGCUAUCUCUCUCUUGGCAAGGUGAAACAUUGAAAAUGACUUCCUUGUUGAUAAGUCCUAGUGGUUCACUCCUUAUCAGUGCUCACUCUAAGAGCUCCUUUUUCAGAAAAAAGGAAAAGGAUCAGCAGUCACUCCUGUGAGUUCUCAGUUGUAGGUGAGAAGGGUGGGCUACUGACGAUAAGAGCUUUUCCGGCACGUGGGUUUUAAAAUGAUUCAGGUGUUUGGAAUGAGGUGAAAGCAAGUAGCCAGCCAUGCUGCUGAGGGAGGUUUUUAUGAACAACACCAUGUAAAUCUAGAACACAAAUCCUGGAUGGAAAAUCUAAAUAUUUGCUUAGUUAUUCACACAGUAGUGUUCACUGCUGCUGCUGCUGCUGCUGCAAAAAAAGACUUUAUCCUCUCAAAUAUAUUUUAUUUUAUUUUCCCUUUCAGCUAAAAAUGGGCUCCCAAGGUGACCCACUGAAAUUAAAAUGCAAUACAAAACACAGUGAAUACCUGGGAAGCAUGUGUGUAUUGUAUAAGUGAACCAAAAUGACCAGCAUUAAGGCUGGCUGCUCUUCGGGGUGGGGAGUCAAGGAAUAUGGCAGACAGGACCCAAAUUAGUUUUAAAGAAGAGCGGAGGAAGAAGGAUCUAUAUCAGGGAUGGGGAAGCUUUUUGAACCUAAGGACCACAUUCCCUUCUGGACAACCUUUCAAAAGUCACAUGCCAGUGAUAGGCAGGGCUAGAGGCAAAAGCGAGAUGAGCAAAACAUGCAAAUUUGCCUUUGAACAUUAAGCUAGUUUCGCCACACUCUCAUAUACCCAUCUCUAUCUUUCAUCUAGAUAAGUAAGUUCAGUGACAUUCUCCAACCAGGUCAAAAUACAUAGGUAUGAAGCAGGGAAGGCUAUUGCCUGUGGAGAGGAGGUGCAGCUUCAGAAGAAUUCUGAGGGCUGGACAGAAAGUUAUGGAGGGCUGCACCUGCUCCCCAAGCCUGCGGUUUCCCACCUCUGGUCUAUAUGGAGCCUUAAGGAUUAAAAUGGAAGAUCUCUGUUCUCUGACAUCUUUCACCUAUGAAUUUCUUCACCUCUGGUCUCUAUGGAGGCAGGAAAGACACAGUGCAAAGAGGCCAGGAUAUAGUUUAGUCGCACUACAUGUUAUGGAGGGGAAGAAGGGGACUCAGCAAAGAGGCCGCCAUCUCCAUCAGUAGCUCCUUGUAAUGUUUGGUUCCAACCUUAAUUAGACUGGAAAUUACCAGCACUGUUCUGGAUUCAGAUUGCUGAAAUAUCCACAGAGGGAAGAGCAGUAAAUGAAAACUAUACAAUAGGAUGCAGUUUAUUAGGAAGACAAAGCUGGAGAUGACGGAUUAUUACUACAUUUGCACCCCACUUUUCUUCAGAAGAGCAGAAGGUGACAUAGAUGAUUCUCCCCUCUUCACUUUGUCUUCAUAACAACCUUGUGAGGUUGGACGCACUGAGAUACAGUAAUUGUUCCAUGGUCACCCAGUGAGCUUCAGGGAGAUAGGUUUUUGAGAGCAGGUAGGUGGAAAGAGUCAGUUGGAAUGAUGCUUAUUAGCAUUGCCAAGUGGUUGCAAGGCUAGCGCCACAAUCUGGGUCACAAGUAACUUGAACAGCAUCAAGAGUGUGGAGCACCCAGAUCUUCCGUGCCCCAAAUUGUCCUGGCAUGCUGUUUCUGCAUAGCUAUCUGGGGGAGAGAAGAAGCAGGCUUCUGUUGAGCCCUAAGCAGAUCCUACCACAUGUAGGAUGCACAUGCACUUAAAACAAACAUUUCAUCUUUCAGAGUUGUGAGGUUUUAAUGAUGCACUUAGUUGACCUCCUCCCCCUUGCAUUUAGAAAUAAAAAUUAUGUUGAUUGCAGUAUACAUGAGGUUAUCUGAGGAGAGGGUUUGUGGGAAAGUAACAUUUCUGCCAACAAAACCGUGCUUGCUUUGUUCUGAAAGCUUAAGAUGUCAACAUUUGCUCCUAGGUGAUUGUGAAAACGAGAACAGAAUAUCAACCAGACCAGAAGAACAAAGGAAAACUCAGAGUGCCCAAAAUUGCUGAAUUCACAGUCAGUUUCACUGAUGGUGUAACAGAAAGAUUAAAGGUAAGAAAUGCUAAUUGCUAACUGGCUAUAUUCAGUGCUAAUUACCAUGGAAUAAUUAAUAGACGACAACUGCCUUGAUUCUGGUUUUAAAAUAGCACAACUUGGUCCCAUAGUGCAUUAUGCUGGGGUCAUGGGGUUAGAAUUCUCAACGUGAUUUUGUUCUUUGGAUUUAUUUUUAUUUUCUUACAUUUAUAUCCCACUUUACUUCCAUUGUGGAACCCAAGGUAGUGUACAAGGACGGUUCUCAGGUGGCCAGACCUGCUCAUCCUUAGCUUCAGCUUCACGUUAUCAGCCAUCAGCCCCUACUCCAAGACCUAGGGAGGGACUAAAGCUGCACAAAAGCAGCUGUGGGGUGGGGAGGAGAUUGGAUCAGUCAUGACAUGGGUGAAAGGGGUUCAGCCCACCCACCCCAUACUGUGGUCCCAGCUGCUAGCUCCCUCCAGCUGCUGCUAGUCACAGAAAGGGGAGAAUAUGAGCACAAAAAUGUAUUGUGUGCGGCAAGGGAGAGGAGAAUUGACCCUUCUCCCCCUGUACUGCAACCCGGAUCCAGAUUACCUUUGCCUUUGGCUGCUUUUUGAAGACCAAACUGACAUUGGAAGCAAGCAAGGAUCUUGUGGCACAUUAAAGACGAGCACAUUUGUGAUGACAUAAGUCUUUGUGGACCACAACUCGCAUUAACAGAUACAUUGCAAGAUCCAGUCCCAGAACUCAAACGUAGCAUGAUGUGUGGCCCUCAGUGCUGGUCCAAGGUGUUUAAUUUUGCAGCCCUUCCCAAACAUGGAAAGUGAAAAGUACUUCCACAACGCACUUCCAGAAUUAAAUUAUUUCGUGAAAGAGGCAGACAUUAGCUCUAAUGUCGAUCUUACAGAUGCUUUUCCGAGCAGGUGGGUGAGUGAUCCAGUGAGGAAACUCUGUGUGAAGGUCAGGGUGGGUCUUUUUAAAUAGCUAGGGAGCAAAACCAAUUGAAGCCUGCAGGCUCAGUUGGUCCUGCCCCCUGAGGAGUGCCUGCCCCAGAAGCUGCCUGCCAUUGGCCAAUCUGGCAUGUGGCAUCAAUUCUCCUGGCUGGCAAAGAAGCCCAUUUUUAACCCCUGCCAACCAAGAGAAGCCUCUGCACAACCCUCCUCUGCUGGGCCAGUGUUCGGGUGGCCAGUGGCCAGCCUGCAAUGCUGUUUGUAGCUUUAAAGAGGUAAGCAGACUUCUCUCACUUCCUCUAUGCCAGUGAUGGCCAAACUCGGCCCUCCAGCUGUUUUGGGAAUACAAUUCCCAUCAUCCCUGACCACUGGUCCUGUUAGCUAGGGAUGAUGGGAGUUGUAGUCCCCCAACAGCUGGAGGGCCAGGUUUGGCCAUCACUGCUCUAUGCUAUGCCAUAAUCAAUACUAAAACUGUAAAGCUGUGCCAGAGCAAAGAAGGUUCCCCAAUUAUCCUGGUGCUGCUGCAGAUGAUGUCAUAAUUCCUGCUCUGGAAAAAACCACCCUGGAAUUGCACUUCACUGCAUUCCACCUCCCUUGCACUGCUGCUGAGAUCAAUGAAGCAUCAGAUUGACUACAGAAAGGAGUUCUCCCUUUGCUUUUUUAUGAGUGCAGUGGUAGAAUCUACUCUUUCCGCUCCUCAACCUGACAGUUUCAUUUCCAAGCCCUUUCCUUUCUCCAUAGUCCAUAUGAUUUCUAUUCCAUGCCUCUCAGUGUCACUUAUUAAUCGCCCAUCAUGGCAACUGCCAGCAGAUAAGGUUGUAAGCUUCUCCUGCCUGUUUUCCAUAAGGCUCACAUGCACCAUAUUAACUUUGCGGUAUUAUUUCCUGACCAAAAUGAGCUGAGAUAAUAGAUUAUAUUUUAUUGCCUUCUGUACUUCUCCUGUACUGAAUCCAGUGCAUAUUUUAGGCAAGUUAUUAAAUAUACCUCCCUCUGGUUAUGUGCAUAUCUAUUAUCUAGAGCUGAUGAAAUCAUCUUGCAUUUGUGUUUUUGUAGCGGGAAGGAAAAGAGUAAAAUGCUUAAGUUUUAUUAACUCAGCUUUUGGCGAUGGGUAGAUAGAUAUAGUCGUAGAGACAUUACAAAUGUGAUCAUCAUAUUUUCUGUUGCUGGGUGGAUGCUCUCUCAAUGGCCCUCCAGUGAGCAAUGUACUAGAAAUUUCAUUUCCACCUUCCUGUAAUAUUAUAGUAAAAUAUGAAAUGCUUAUACAUACACAGAGGCCAUGCCUCCAUCUUCUCUAAAUUGGAGUAUGAUUUGGCUCUAUAGAUAUUUUCUAGGCCAAAUGAGCCAUCAUCCCAUUGACUGGAAUAGGAGUGACAAUAAUCCAAGCUGUCUAGAGAGAUCCCUGAGUGAAGGUGGGGGAGGGAAGAGAUUUUUCUCUUAAAGUUCACAAUGAUGUGAUUUUGAAUUUGAUUAGGGGUGCAAUUCCAGACAUAUUUUACUGAGAAACACCCCCCCCACCCCAUGCUUAAUGGAACUUACAAGUAGGAGUGUAUGGAAUGGCAUCCUUAGUUAUGCUUACGUGCAGCUCUAACUCAUUUCCGGCUCUUGUAAGAGAAUCCUGAAAGACUGUGUCAGUAGAAGAUAAAAAAGGAAGGGACUUGCUUCUGGCUUUUCCGGCCAUGCCAUUGCCAAGUGAGCAAUACCACUUCAGGGGAUCAGUGAUGUAGGAAUACUGCAAAGUCUGCCUCUUCUCCGUUACCGUGAAGGGAAAGGAGCAGCUGACAUUGCUUCACCUCUUUCUGAUGAGCUGUUGAAGCCCUUUCCCCCUCCCUCUCUUGAGAAAAUGGUUGCCAGGGUUCUCUGCACUCUGCAAAAUAUUCUGCACCAAGAAAAGCUGCAUUCAAGCCUGUCUGAAAUAUGCAAAUCAAGACAAAUGUUCAAAUUUGCUUAUUUUGCAUAAUGUGCUGCGGUGUGGUUAUCAGGGCGGAAGGGCAGGAACUCUGGAGGGUAUUCAUGCUCCCCUGACUCCUGGAGUUCCUUCUCAAGCUCCCUGUGCCUCUGGGCCUUCAGAAAUUUCAGCUGAUGGUAUGUAUGCAUUGUCAAGCAUACCUCUGCUUUCAGAAGCAUGCCGUUUUUCAAAAAACCCAAACCUGAGGUUUUGCACUCACUAUUACAGGGUGUGCUUCAUGUGCACAUUUCAUGGCGUAGACAAUCCCUUAACCAUUGCCUUCAAACAGCCUGACAUACAAGAAUGGCUAUAUCUUUCAUUUAGAAAACUCUAACCUUCGCAAAAGUGAAGACAGGAACCCCAAGUAAAGCUCCCAAAGCAAUAACGUGAGAACCAAAAGUCUCUGAGAGCCUUUCAUGGCUAAGAAUGGCAGUUGUAGAAGCGGAAGUAGGUUUCAUGCCUUCCCAGGAUGCAAAUUAGCACCUUCAUUAUAUCUCAGUCUGUUGGCUCUGCUGGAAGAAGAGCUUGCGGAAGCUAGGGAGACAAAGCGAGAGGGUGUUUGCUUUCCAUUUCGUUUUCUUCCAAAUUUUUUGUGUCCAGCUUUUAAAAUUGGUUUAAAAUAAGUUUAUAUGGUUUAGAUAAAAAGAACACCAACAAUAAAAACACAAUUAUUUGUAUUAAGAGCAUAGCAGCUUUUAAAACCAACAUAAACUGGUUGUCCAGAAAGAGAGAAUUCCAUAGCUGUGGUGCUACCACUAAGAAGGCCCUGCCACUGGUCUCUCCCCUCCUUGAAUUUCUGCUAAAGAUGGGCCAGAAAAAAGGGCCUGUGACCCUAAUCUUAAGAUUGGCUGGUUCACAAGGACAAAGCUGGUCCUUAAGCUAACCUGACCCCAGGCUAUUCAGGCCUCUAAUUGUUAAAACUUAAGACCAACAUUCACAUUGACCCUGGAAACAAACUGAUAACCAAUGUAAUUAGUGCAAGAUUGAUGUCAUGUGCUUCAACUGCCUUUUCCCCACCAGUGUUCUGAAGGCCCCCUUUUAUACCACUGUCCUUAAAGGCAGCCCUGCAGUGGUCCAGUCUGGAUGUACAUGGGCAGAACAAAACAUUACAAGAAGCAUGAGACCACUGCUGAAACUGGCAGCUCUGUGUCAAAUUCUUUCCUCCCUGCUCCACACCACCUAGUGCAACUUGCCUUGAUGCCCUUACGCCAUGUGCUUUCUCGUCUCCACGUCAUUGGCUGCCCCUACUGGGGGCAAGGAAAUAAGCAGCGUCAUCAAGCAAGGACAUGGGCUAAAUUGCAGUAGAAAUUACAAAGAGGGAGAGGAGAGAGACUAGCAAAGGGCUGUUUCACUAGCAUCCCUCUCCCUCUCCCACCCCUGACUCCUGUUCCAGGAUUAGAAAUAUAAAAUGGCAAGAAGGAAGUUUUGCUUUUCCUGGAAGGGUUGCUUCACCCUUGCAGGAAAUUUCAGAACUGUAUGUGCUUGGUAGGUAGCUCUGAAGAUGACCUCUAUUCUGUGCCCAGUGGUGAUCAUUUAUUGAACCAGCUAAUGAAUGAUUAGACAGCCUUCUAUCACGAAGAGGCUGGAGUUUUCCAUAGAAGGGAAACUUACGCAACUGCAUCUGUCAUCCAUCUAGGAUAGCACUGAUAUGAUCUCUUUAAUUGUGGUAGCAUCUGACAGGAGCUCUUGUCCCUAGGCAACUGCUGUUCGCUCACUCUUCCUCUUGCUGAAAUCUUGUGUAAUUUCUGCUGCUUGUCACUUUUGAAAUAUGAUACUAUAUUUUUCUUGUAGCUCAGCUCAAUUACAGAGCAUCCCGGAACUUUGACCAAUUACUCUGCAACUGCAUGACUCAUCUUGUACAUACAUUAUGACAAACAUCAUUGCUACUCUGCGUAGGUGGAGUACAAGAAAAUGAUGUUAAAAUGACAUUAAGGCCCAGCCACCAAUGCCCCAAAGUAAUUUCUUUCAUUGCCGAGUUUGCCCUGCAGAAAGGCAUGUCAAAAUGUUCUUAAUUUAGAACUCUUUACUUCUGCGCUGCAAGAAUGCGCUUGAAAAGGCCGUCUAGAACAGAGAUGGGGAAGUGAAUAAAGAGAAGUUUUUCUCCCUCUCUCAUAAUACUAAAACCCAGGGCCAUCCGAUGAAUCUGAAUGUUGGACAAGUAUCAUUUUGUCUGUCCUGAAUCUCCCUUCUUCAAGCAAAACAUCAUUAAACAAAUUCACUCCUGUAAGAUGUAGAGAUGGUUGUCAACUUGGGUGGCUUUAAAAGAGGGUUAGAAAAUUCAUGGAAGACAAAGAACAUACCUAUGAUGGCUAUGUUCUACCUGCACUGUCAGAGAGAUAAUGCUUCUGAAUUCCAGUUGAUGGGAAUCAAGAGUAGGGAGAGUUCUGCUGUGUUCAGAGUUUGCUUGUAUGUUUCCCAUAGACAUCUGGUUGAUUACUGUGAUGCUGGAUGAAUGAGCUUUUCAGGGUUCUUAGUAUGUUGGUCUGCAAAUCCCAUCAGCCUUAGCCACAUGGUCAAUGGUCAGGGUGCUCAGAAUUGUAGCCCAGUGCCAUCUAGAAGGCCAUAGCUUCCCCAUCCCUGCUGAACAAGGUUUUUGUUCUUCAAAAAUGUUCUACUUUACAAGGAACCCAUUGAACAAGCCAAGCUGAACAUACAGUGAACAUACAUUGGAUACUCUACAGUUGUUCAUCUUACUUGAAUCGCUUUGGAGUUACUUGGUUUGGUUAGGGGUGCUUGAAGGUGUUUUGAGUCUUCUGAAAGCAGUUUCCUAUGGUUUCCUGACCAACACUCCAGGGUUUACACAGAAGCUACCUGUUAAGUUGUGGGUGAACAUAUCAGACGACACAGCAAUUCUUCAAACAGCUCUUCUUUAUUGAGAGGCCAGAACAGAACUGAACUGAAGGGCUCAGUCAGCCUGCUUAUAUAGAGCUCCAGUACCUUGUUACUGUAACAACUUUCUAAAACUAUCCAAUCACUGAACGUCACUUUCGAUCCUUCAUUUGCAUACAAACUAUCCAAUCACUGAACAUCACUUUCGAUCCUUCAUUUGCAUAACUAUCUACAGUAUCCCCCUGCUGGCCCAGGGUGAGAACUUCAGUACAUAACACCACCAGAAACCUUUGAUUCCCUUGACCCUUUGCAUUGCAGGGGGUUGGACAAGAAGACCCUCAGGGUCUUCCAGCUCUAUGAUUCUAUGAGCCAAACACAUUGGCAAUUUAGCUGUGCUGUUAAGCAUCACUGUUACUAAUCACUGAAUCCUGUCAGAGCUGUUCUGUCAGCCUUGGUCUGCCCAGCUCCAUGUUUUCUUGAAUCAUUUGAGGUGACAACCGGCAGAUUCCAGCCUUCACAGUACCUAUUCUGGCCUUUUCCUCUUCUGGAUCUUUCUUUCAUAGAAGGCAAAUAGUCAGUCAGUUCUCUGAACUAGAUGUAAAUGAAAGCCACAGUCUUGGGACAGAUGGCAGCAAUGGACUGAGACAGAAUUUGGGGACACAGAAAACUCCCUUGCUUUGAAUCAGGCCACUGGUGCAUAUAGCUCAGAUUUGUCCACACUGACUAGCAAGCAGGAUUCUCUCCCAGCUCUAGCUGGAGAUGCCAGAGACUGAAAUUGCAUGCAGAGCAGGUGCUCCAUCACUGAAGGGUUAAAAAGCCCUUCCCUCUUUAGUGUUUGCUGUUCUGACUGGAGAGAAACAGAAACGGAAAUAGCCUGGUAUGAGUGAAUUUUCUAGAGUCUUUUGCUUCAAACCAGGUUUCAAGGGGUGUCCUGAGCAGCAUGAUAAUAAGCAGGCAUCUCUCACUUUCAUUCUGGUGUAUGUUUCUGCCCUCCCACCUCAUUUGUUAGGAUGUUGAACAAUGCCGGUACUCCAUUCAGGCAUCCUUCAAGGGCGAACAAAAUGGAUGAGUCAAUUAUAUAAGGAAAAUACCCCUGAAGUGCAGGCUUGUGUGUUUUCAAUCUGUCUAUUCAGUGCAACUCAUUUAAACAAAUAGUUACAGGCUCAGGCAACAACCGGUUCAUGGUAGGAAAAUAAGUUGACGCCAUGACAACUAUCAGGCCUCGUGCCCAAUGUAUUUGAGGCAUAGAGAUACUGCUGAAAAAUCCUGUUGCUUCCGGAAGAGGGCAUAAUCAAAUGAGCAUAGACUCCCCUCUCACUUAGGUGAAUUGUCAAGCACAGUUGGGUCACUUAAGCACAGGGGUUGUGUAAUGUGUUCAGUUUUUCAAAAAUUAUUAUUCUAGGAAAGUUAGGGGCAAAGGGAAGGGUGGUGAGGCUACUGAACAGUAAAAAACAACAACCCCUGAUCCAGUAAUACUUUUCAUGUUCUUUUUACUUCCUCAUCCAACACAUUUGUGGGUGACAUUUGUUGCCACAAGGUGUGAGAAACUGGCUUUAAAAGGGGAAUAGAUAUCAUGGAUAGAUCAGCCAAUGGCUACCAGUCAUGAUAACUAAAUAUAAAUUAUCCAUGUUUAGAGGCAACAAUCCACUGAAUACCCAUUGCUGGGGGCUAUUACCUUCAUGCCCUACCUAUGGAGUUCCCAGGAGCAUCUGGGUAGCCAUUGUGGGAAAUGGAAUACUGGCUUUGAUGGGUCACAUUCCGUGCACAUAUUUUUUUGCAAAGCAAUGCUCCUAAUAGAAUGCGUUAUUGUAUGUUAUUUUCACUAGUAAAUAUGUUUUUGUACGCAUUGCUUGGCUGGCGAACUGCACAACAAUAUUUGGAGAAGUGCGAAUUUUGCAGGACGGCUGCAUGUUGGUUUGUGUAUUGCUUUAGAAAGUACAAAUUAGGUAGAUUCACCUUUAAAAGUGAGGUGAAUCGAAUUUCUGCCCCAUCCAUAAAGCGGAGGCUGUUGCCACAGUUUCAUGGCUUGGAUUGGAUGGCCUUCAGAUGCCCUCCAUGCGCCUAUAAUAAUGUGUUCAGUAGAAGGGAAAUCGGUGUACCGUCUGUGAAUUCAGCUUUUUAAAAAGUUCUGCUUCAUGACCUAGGAUGAUAUACACAGAGCAAAGUGCAUUUGAUUGCAUCAGCUUUUUCAAAACAAACAAAGAAACAAAUCUAAAAUGUACUUCAGAGUACUGCCUUUGAUUUCAUUUCAAGUGAAAAGAUCACUGGCUUUGGGAUGGAGGAAUGAUUCUUCUGCAUUUUUGAUCUGUGUACAAGUUUCAGGCUUUUCCAGGGCUCUUGAUAUCGAGGCCCCACUUCUGAGGGAUGUCGUACUAAAUGUCAGAGGCACAUGAACAACUGAAAUGUUAAAAUGUGAUCUGAGGACAAAAACCCCUCAACCUCGGAAAAUUCAUCUUGGAUUCAUAUGGUUGCUUCGUUGCUCCAAAUAGUGACGUGGCAGGAAGAAGCAAUCCAUGUUUGGGUAAUUUUAUAAUCUGUGCAAUGUGUAUAACAUAUAUAAUGAAGGGCGGGUGUAGAGUAAUGGAAGAGUCAAGUCAAACAUUUGUAAAUUAGCAGUCAUUCAUUUUUGUGUUCCUGUUUUAGCUGAUUCAGUGCUGUGAAGUCGCACUCCCAACUGUGUUCUAAAUGGAUCUUUUGAUUUCAUAGCUGCACUUUAUUGUUUUAUUGGUGUCAUAUUUAUUCUCACCCUACCUCGGCUGAUUUGUCUUGUAGUGCACACAAUGAACUUGUGUUAUCAAUUGCACAUACACACACACAAUCUGCAGAUUCACCCUUGUUGCAAAUAUGAACCCCUUUCAUGGCCAAUGGUCAGAGUUGAUGGAAGUUGCAGUCUAGCAACUCCUAGAGGGCCACAGGUUCCCUACCCCUGCUGUAAGGUUUCUGAGGCAUUCAUGGGCAAUGCCCCUAUUCUCAAGAUGCUACUGAAGGGUGCAUACUUGCUACUACACUUGUGGACCCCCCCACAUCUGUGCAGCUGAUCUGUGCCGAGGCAAAAGUUCAGUCUUCAAGUUGAGCAUGCUCUGCUCAGGCCUCCUACUUGUGAGAGUUGCAAACAGUAUGUUUGAGAGCUCCUCUGUUUGAUUUUUGCAUAACAAACUUAAAUUGUAUUUCAUUUAUGUGAGGAAGGAGGCACUGGUCUUUGAAAGUUUAUGCCAUGAUUAAUGUGUUGGUCUUUAGAAGGUGCCACCAGACACUUUGCUAUAGGUCACCCUUGCUGACUGGAUUGUGUUGACUGCUGAUUAUUUCCCCUUCAUUUUAUUACUAUUAUUUUGCAGCAGCAGAAGCUUAAAAUGGACUCCUUUCAGUAAUUAAAUCUGAGAUUCUGGGAGAUUGAACAGUAACGCACCAGCAGCCAGAUGUUGCAACUCAUGAGCUUCCCUCGUGGCCACAGAGGAUUCCAACUUCCCUAGACGUAUCUUUGUUGAGAUGUAGUCACUGUUGCAUCUAAAAAGGCUUCUUGCAGCUCUGAGGCUUCUGUUAAUGCAAAAUCCCAGAUGUAGCCAGGGUGGCAAAGUGCCACAUUGCACAAGCUGAUGGGAAGUUAUGAGAUGUCACUAAUGAAAGGUCAGCAGCAGGAUGAUAUGCCCCUAUGCAGUAAUCCCAUUAAUUGAAUCACCUGCUCAAAUUAGUGAUUUGAAAGGCAAGUCAGCUCCAAUUUUUCUCAACACGCUCCCCCCCCCUUUCCUAAUGAUCCACUAAAAAAAAAGAAAAAAAGAUAAAGCUUUUCUGCACCUGGGCAUUAAUUGGGAACACUGGCAGGAAAUUCUUAGCAGGAAAAACAACAGAUGCAUUUGCAGAUCCCAAAGACCAGAAACUCUGAAUUUAGGGAGCAAACUGCAUUGUUCACAUAUUGAGUUCAAACUACUCAUCCGCUUGUAUUAAAUCUAAAGGAUAUGUAAUAUUCUUGUCAGCUACAUGCAUUGUAGACACUUUCCAGAGCCACAAUAGUGGUCUUGGAGGAAAGCAACUGUAAUAAUGACAACAAAAGACUCUCUGAUAUUAUCUCCUACAAACAGUUAUUAAUGUUUCUCCUGUUAAUUGUUACUAACACUGCCACAGACAUGACUGUGAGUAGCAGAAAUAACCCUUUGAUGCAUGACAGCAAGUCAGCUUCACAGAGAUCUGGCAUAUUUGCAUAUUUCACAGCAAAAGUCACAUGUCAGGAGGACAGUGUCUAGCUCUGGUAUCCGUCACACCAACCAAAUAGAUGGGCAUGCUGAAAUCCUUAAGCUUCCACUCAAAAGACAGGUAAUGCAGGGCCGGCUCAUCCAAGAGGUGGGCCAAGGCAGCUGCCUCAGGCACAGAAACCCAAGAGGGGGUGCCCCCAUAGAGGCCCUGCCCACCUCUGUCACCAGCAGAGAAGCAGCACCAGUAGUAGGGGCCAUUUCCAGUGAAAUCGCACUGAGCGCUCGCAAGAGCUCCACAAGAUCAUGUGGGAUCUUGCCGGAACCUAUUGUUGCUGCUGCUACUUUGUGGGAACCAGCACGUGAUCUGGGUAAGGGAGGCUUCGGGGGAGCGGUGAUGGUAGGGGGCUGUGGGAAGGUGACACCUUCCAGUUUUGCCUCAGGUGGUGAAACAGAACCCACCCUCUCUGAUCAAAUAGUUACUUCAAAUAGUUGCCUCACUCUGCCUAAUGACAGGGCCGGUCCUAUCCUCAUCAGGCUGCCAUGACUCUUGUGCUCAAUUCUGCUUGCUGGUUUCUGUUCAGCCACUGUGAGAACAGGAUGCUGGACUAGAUGGGCCAUUGGCCCGAUCCAGCAGGCUCUUCUUUUGUUUGUAUGUUCUUAUAGCUGCCUUUUUGACUUUGCCAGCAAUGGUGCCUCAUCCAGCCUGCAAGCCACUCUCUGCUUUUCACUGCAGUAUCCGUGUGUCCAGCUGCAUUGUGGGAGUAGGAGAUGAGACCCUGCAGGAAACAACUAUGAGAUGCUGCUGCUUUGUAGAUAUGCUCCUUGCCUCUUCUUAGUCUGCAGUGCUAUGAUGAUAAAAGCAUAGCCACUGCACCAGGCCUAAUUAUCUACCUGUUGCCUGCUCAGGAGGCAUAGGACUGCAGUCUUAUAGAAUCGUAGAGUUGGAAGGGACCCCAAGGGUUAUCUAGUCCAGCCCCCUGCAAUGCAGGAAUCUCAGCUGAAACAUCCAUAGCAGAUGGAGUAUUAUUGGAGUAAAUGAGCUCUUAGAUCUGAACAGGGCUCCUAAUUCACCACCACCCAAAUUAAAUGUUGACUUCUCUCUCUCCACUCUCCACCCACACUAGGGGUGGAAUAGGAAUAGCUCAGGAAUAGGAAAAUCAAACCCAUUUCUACACUAAGAAAUCAAAUUUGCUAAGUAAGUUUAAAAUGUGAAACUGUACCUGCACAGAAUAUUUUUGUGAUGUAACUUGGCUGGCUAGAUGUGUAUGAUUUAUCUCCUGUAUUUUUUUCCUGUAAAGUAUGGACCAUGACCAUCAUCAAAGCAUGGAAUUGGGGGCAGGGAGAAACCAGUAGCUCGCUUAAGAAAAUAAUGUGCUCAGCAAAGAAUAUUUGCAGCCAUUCUGACACUGUCAACCUUCUCCUUCAAGCCCACAAUACGAGAACAGAUUGCAGGAAAGCAAAUCCCAUCCCAUUUUUUUUAAUGUGCUAAAACUCAAAAUAUUUUAGGCUACUUCCCUGCUUGAAUGAUGGGGAGCAAUAUUCCAGGCUGUUCAGUGUCAAAGGCGGCGGGGGGGGGGGAAUCAAGCUGUUAACAUUAAGGACUUUAAAGCAUCUACCUAGAAAUCACAUUUUAGGACUUCUUUGGUGCUUGCACAGUGAAAUGGUAGUUUUUGUUUGUGCCUAGGACUUGGCAGUGCCGUACAUCACAUGGCUGCAGCUUGGCAUUGCAAACAUUUUAAGACAUCAAAUCCAUUAGGACUGAAACAGCCUCUAGAAAUCAUAUUAUGUGAUGGAGAUUGGCCAGUCUAAUUGAGCCAGCUACUUAUUGCCCAGGCAAUUUAAUGAUUUGACAAAUUGCUUGGAAACAUGGUGUACUUGUUUGUUUUGUGCUUUCACUGUGCCCACGGGACAGCGGGGCAGGGGAAUUAGCGGCGGAGAUGUCACCUCAGCUGAUAAGCUCUUUCUUAAUUACAAAAUGUGCGGAAGAAGUAGGGCAAGGGUGUCAUGGGAUAGCUACGUUGGAGGGAGAAAAGUUUUUUUGUAAAAGUGGGAGGGAAAUGUUCCGGAGAGUAAGAGCUUUAUUUUACACAUCGAGUGCUUGGCUUGCAACAUAUUUCAAGUCUGUCCUUAACGUUAAGCCUUUGAAUUCUACCGAUGACCAGUUUAGAAAUCAUCACAAGAUGUAGGCUGCCAUUUUGGCUGGGAUUGGAAAAAACCAUGGAGGAUAAGGCUAUCAAUGGCUGCUAGUCAUAAUGGCUAUAUCUAACCUCCAGUAGCAGAGGUGGUAUGCCUUGGAAUACCAGAUCCUGGGAAACAUGAGUAGGAAGAGUGCUAUUGUACUCAAGUCCUGCUUCUGGGCUUCCCAUAAUCCUCUGUGAGAACAGAAUGUUGCCCUAGAGAGCCCUUUGGUCUGAUCCUUCAGAGACCUUCUUAUGUUCUUAACUUGCUAGCAUAGCCUCAGAAUUUCUCAAUUUAAUUUUUAAAAAUAUUAUACAAAGAAAACGGAAUACCAGAGAAGUUAAAGAGAGUUACCAACUGUCCAAUAUUAGAGAAAUAAUGUAUCAUAAUUCUUCCACUCCAUCAUACAUGGAUUAUGCUUUAUAAAUUAAAUAGUUUUCUUUCUUUCUUUCUUUUUACAUUUUCAUUUCUGUGAAUAAUAAAUCAUCAUAAAACUUCUAGCACAUUUUUUCAUAUUUUGAUACUUAUUUUAAGCUUCCAGUACAGAAUGAAUUCAUCACAUUGUUCCAGAUAAUAUUGUUUUGCAACCCACCCUUUCCAGAUCAACUUAAAGUAUGAAAUCUUUUAGUACAGGCUAUACAUAAUUUCUCCACUCUGAAUAAUUGUAUUGUCAGGAGUCAGAAAACAGAAAGGACUGGGACAGAUACAUGGCUAUGUGGAGGGAAAUAAGAUCAUUAGGUAUAGAGAGUUAGUUCAAAAAGAUAUUUAAGAAGCCAUUUUUUAAUUUUUAAGAAUUAAAAACAGCUGUUCCAAAAUAGCUAGAGCUAAUUCAUGCUCAUUGCAAAUCAAGCUCAGGUAAGGUUUCCCAUCUCUAAGCAUUUAUUGGGACAAGGGUGGAAGGAUCUGCCAGUUUAGUUUCUCACAUUUUCCCAUUUUUCCAAUCUUAAGUUCAGAUUUCCACAUUUUGCAGCUGGUUACAAUUUUAAAAUAAAAAUUCUCUUGAAAAUCCAUCAGCAUUUUACUACAAAUUUAUCCUAAUAAACAUUUUCUUAUAUGCUGUUUUAAGACAUAUGUUUUGCAAGCAACUUUGUCCAAUAAAUUGCAUUUCUGUAUGUUUUCACUAAUAUCUUCAUUUUUAUGCACACUUCCCACUAUUACAUGCAUUUUUGUAAAUGUUGUUGGGCUGGAGAACUGCAUUACAAAAUUCAGAUAACUCUGAAUUUUGAAGGCUAGCUGUGUGUUGGUUCACAUAUGGUUUCCGAAAGUGCAAAUACAACAGUUUUGACCUUAAAUAUGUACUGAAUAGAAUGUCUCCUCGAUUCCUAAUUGGCACCCCUACCAGUAGCCGUCAACAAAAGUGCCAAUGGGAUUUUCUGCACCCAGUAUGCUGUAUUUAGAUUGGGCGCUCUGCUGCACUUGCCAAAGGAGACAAAAAUUAGCAUCCAUUUUAUGUCACUUGCAGAAUUGUACCUUCUUUCACAGGUGGGGUGAAACACUCACAAACAUAUCAGAGUAAUGAGACAGAAUAUCAAAAGGUGGAAAACUUCCCAUCAUUGUAGUUCCACACUACAAAGGAUCAUUGUGUUUAGUAUCUGCCGUGCUCUCUACCCAUGCCAACCCUAAACCGUGUAAAGAACUCAAGCUUCCUGAGCUGUAGAUGCGUUGCGUUACUGUAGGUCUUUCAUCUACUGAUUUUAGGCUGCGAUACUACACUCAGUGCAACAUCAGGCGUAGAGGGGCCCAAAAGUGAUCUAAGAUUUACAGCAGUUCUGUUCAGAUGUUCAUGCUUGGAUAAAUUCAAGAUUUAAUUAGUCAGAAAGCAAGCCGUGUAGUCAUUUGUUGUGGCUAUUUAUUAAUACCUCAUAAUAGCAACAUUUUUUUCUUUUUCAUUUUUGAGCUAAAACGAUUCAAAAUCCCCAUUCAGCCAAGAAGCUCACUUGGUGCCCCUGAGCUAAUCAGUGUCUCUUAGCCUAACCAAGCCUAGCCAAAGCCAGGAAAACAGGCAUGCCUCCCUCCCUCUCCUCCUUGCUUUGGUUGCUGCCACCCAACUCUGAUGCUUCUUGCAGCAAAAAACAAAACAGAAAACAGUUUGCCAGCCCUGAUAUAAAAAGUACUCUAAAUACAUACAGUUUUGCAGUAUAAAUUGAUUUCGCUCAUCAUUGUUUUGCUCACUUCCUGCUCACAACCAGCAGCAAAACCUACCUUACAUUACCGUUGUGAAUCUAUAGAGGGAGGUAUAAAAUGGCUGUGAAAGGGGACUUAGUGUUUGUAUUAGAAGCAUUAAUUUUUGCUUUACUUAACCAGAAUAUUGCAUCUUUGUAAAAGGACAUAUUUUGUUCUCUCUUUCUCCCUGCCACCUUGCCAAAUUAUUACACCUCUGGGGCUUCAACCAAUUUGGCCUGAUUAUUGUGUGUUUAAAUGCGUAAGUCCCAAUAGUAUUCAACUGUGCUGACGCAUGAGCCACUUUCUGCCCCUUCCUCACAAGAAAGCCUAGGCUGCUGCAAUCCUGUGCCCACUUACCUUGGAGUAAGCCCUAUGAAGCACAAGGAAGCUUACUUCUGAGUGUCCUGUCUAGGAGAAUCUGCGGAAAAUAAUUUAUAGGUAACCGCUGAUCUCAAGUGGAGAUUACAUACAACAACCAAUUUAUGCACGGCCAAUUGACGUGCAACACGCACAUGUGCACAUUGUGGCAACCCAGAAGUGGGUGGGAAAGGGGGAGGAAUGGGGGAGGGGCACAAUGGGCGGAGCUGGCUUAUGUGUGCUCUGCUGUCGUGUGCAAUGACCUGGAAUGCAACCUCCCCCACAAAUUGGGGGUUGCAUGUACAAGGAGAUAGAAGCCACUAGACAGAAAAGAACUGAAGGUGGGAGGGACAUUCCUUUUGUUCAAACAGCUCAGCUGUCACUCACAACCCUGAUUUCAUUUAUUGACUAAAAACACUGAAAGGCAGGAGCAGCUGGAUCAUCUCACAGAAAUCAUGGGUGUAUUCUGGUUAAGACAAGUGCCCAAAAGGAAGCCCAUCGGUUUCUGAUUGUUUCAUAUUCAAGUGCUAAAGUCAGGAUUUCAUGGAAUGAGAUAAAAGUCAUCUUGCAAAGGAACAUAGAUUGGAUAUUAUCAAAUAGGAAAAUAUGGUAAUUGGUUGUUUUAAAAGACACCUACUUGUUGUAUGAAUCAAGAAACUUGUAAAGGAGGUUUCUUUUGAGCUAGAAUUCCACUAAAGUUGGUGUGGAACAAUGCUUUGAUCUAAUGUGCAGUAAAACAAUAGGAAUUAGACAAUGGCAUGAAGGGGAAGUAUCUUGGUUAGCAACAUUAUCAGGGCUACUUAGUUUAAUAAAUGUACAGGUCUCAUAAAUCUACACCAUGUAUUCAUAUUUGUUUAUUUAGGAGAUUCAUUUAAACUCCCAGGAUGGUUCACAGGAAUGAAAUAUAGCAAAAACAAAUCUGGUAAAAUACAGCCCAUACCCCCAGAGAGCAGCAUUAUACAAUAUGCAAGCUAGAACCGUGUGUCGCAGCAAUCAAAGUUUUAUACAUAGUUGCAAGCCCAUGACAACUGUUUUGGCAAAGAGAGUGAUAAAAUUAAGGCUGAGUACUUCCCCACCCCAACUGAAGAGACAUGGAAUGAGGGCAUUAGUUUCCAUAGCAAUCAGUGCAGCAAUUAAGUACCAUCUUUGAUAAAUCUUUGCUGAUAGGGUAAGGGCAGUGUCUGCCUGCAAAGGAUUCCUGUCUAUAAUGUCUGCAAGUUUUAUCUCCCUCCCUAAUUUUUUAUUUCUCUUUUGUGGGGAUUUAUAUUGCUUUGAGAUUUGCCAAGGUUCAUACUCUUCUUUAAAAAACACACCCCAACCCUGAGUUUUAUUAGGUAGUUCAGCUGCCUGAUCAUGCAGAAUCUGAAUGCUAAUGAAGUCCUGUAUUUCCUUGAGUACUCAGAGAGCUGUAACUCACCCUUGUCACCUUCCAGUCCAUGCCCCCCCCCCCAAUUUUUCUUUCUGGUUUUAAAUGGCCUGACAUUCUAAUCCAGAUCAAUUGUGUGUUGUGCAUUUUUCAGGUAUAAUGCAAUGCCACAGAAUAUUUCUGUGGGUGUGUAGAAGAGGGAAGAGAGUAACCAAGGAUGCCCAGAGGGAGGGGAAGCUAAGAACAGGAGGGAAGAGGGAGGGUUUGAAUCUGGGAGAUAAAACUGGAGGUUCACAGACCGAUACAACAGUGCUAGAGUCCCUAAAGAGAAUGUUUAAAGCCAUAGUUAUGGCAAGCGUUCUGUGCUGGUAGCCGUGGCACUUUUAUCAAUAAACAAAAGCUGGUGUGCAGGAAGAUGAAUGUUGGAGGAAGAUGGAGCCUGGUGGGACAGAGAAGCAGGGACUGGAGGUUGGGAUGCGCUAGUGAAGGAGGGAAGAAUAGCAGACAAGUUGGGAGGGAAGAAAAACGUGGCUUAGUUUUGGAGGGUGUGUUAGGGACUCUUAGGAAGGGAGAAAAGUAAUAUUGUUGGUGGGGCAGGUUUUGGGGAUGGAUUGAUUGGGGCAGGAGCUGUGGUCCUCAGCUGUUUGAAGCUUUGGCCAUGGGAUUUGUUGGCUGCCCUCUAGGCAAUGCAACCUAAUGUUCCCUAUAUUUGGAUUGUACUGCAUCCCACGACACUUCAUCCUUCUGCCACACUGACUGUCCCACAAGGUCAUGCAUUCUCCUUGAUCAAUUCCCAGAACAAUUCCUUUUACGCUCUUUCAGGGAUCACUUUUCUUGUUUCCAGGUGCUGUAGUGCCCCAGAUGCAACCUGGUAAUGUUUAGCACAACCCAGUAAUAUUUCAAGUGCUGAAUUGCACAUUUUCUGCCUACAUACUAGACGUCAGCUUGCUCAUUUUAUAUGUGCUAAAGAUUCAAGGAGUUCAUAACUUCAAAAUGUUAAUAACUCUGACAUUUCUCCUUGAAUAUUUCCCUGUUAUUGUAACCCUUUCCAAUUCAGCUUUCUGUCCCAGCAACAACUCUGUAUUUCAUUGCUAAUCUGCAUUUUUAUGGCAGAUUUAUACAUUCAGAAAAAGCAUGCCGUGCAGUCCUGCUGAGGGUGCACCACUUUGGAAUGGAAAUGGAGGGAUCAUAUGAGUUAAGAGUCUUCCCUAAUACAAAUAAUAUCCCCCCUUUCUGUCAAAAUGCCAGCCUGCCUCUUCUUCUGAGAUGCUAUUAGUUAGCAUUGUGCAGGGAGGCUUUUACAAAUUACUCUCAGACAAUAAUCUCCAGAGUAAACUGUAAGCAUCUUGUAAAUAUGCUUUUAUACAUUUGAAUAUGCUUUUGGUGUAUUAUUUUCAUUGACUGUCUCUCGACUCCCUAAAUUUAAAAGGUCUUGUGUGGGUUAGACUUAGCCAAUUCUCUGGGAGUUCCUAUUCUUUUUGUGCUCUUGUGAAUGCAUAUUUGAGCAACUGAUCCCUUGAUUUAUGGUGAAGGAGGGAUGGUGCAAACGCACAAGCCAACAAGCUCAUGACCACAUUUCUCUGUGUUAGGGUUUGGCUAUCCCUGGGUAAUGAAAAGUGCUGCUGCCUAUACAUUGUUGGACUACAACUCCCAUCAUCGCUGACCAGUGGCCACGCUGCCUGGGGGUGAUGAUAGUUGUAGUCCAAAAAGAUCCGGAGGGUUACUCAUUGGCUAUUCCUGGAUUACAUCAUCUUUCACAGCUGGUCAGUCCUAGUAUCAGCCACUGCAUUGGACUGUGAUGGAAUCGGGUCACAUUGGCCAAAUGGGCGCCCCUCAGGAAGCACCACAUGGUCCAAAUUUGGUCUCAAAGGCAUGCAGCAAGUGCAAAGACCUAAGGCAGCUGCUUUGAUAUUUAUAUUCCUCAGACUUGUUCAACCUUUCCCAGCAAUAGCUCUAGACAGGUGCAGAACAAAAGGUUUCACUAUUCUUAGAUUGUUGUAGGUGGAAGGAACAUACUGACCCUUUACUCGUCUCAACUCCCUGUUCUUAGCACAAAAAUACAUUCAUCCAAAGCAAGGUCUGCAUGAGACGCUCCUGCUUAUGUGAGAGGGCUCCAUAAGAACAAGAUAUGUUGUGUUUUUUUUAACCUGGUUCUGAAGCUACUAAUAGUGGCCUGGGAUUGUGUGCUAAAUAAUACAGCACAAAAAUGAAGCGUUUAGUUCUGAAUAAUUCUUUAUUGCCUUUUUGUGUCUGCCAAUAGUCAAGCUCACCACAAACCCAUCUGCCAUCAACAGUCACUUGCUGCAAACUUGCUGCACAAUUCAGAGCAGUGUUUAUAACAUUUAAAGCCCUAAUGGUUUAGGACUAUAGCUGCCAACGUUUUCACUUUUUAAAGGGAAAUUCCCUUAUUCCGAAUAGGAUUCCUCGCAAGAAAAGGGAAAAGUUAACAGCUAUGUUUUAGGACCAGGGUAUUUAAAGGACACACAAAUGUGACUACUCAUUAAGAUUGCCUGGAGAAGUUUGUCCCCACAUCCCUUCAGCAUCUCUGACAUUGGAGAUGAACUCCCCGCCAAGGGAGGGGCUCCUUGCUCCCACUCCCAAUGAUCUUCCAUAACCAAAAAGGCUGACCAUGUCUUUUUUAAAUGCUGCAAUGUUUUACUCUUUUCAAUGCUGCAAGCCACCACAAAUCUUAAAAAAAGCAACAAAUAAAAUGGGAAGGUGGAGUGUCAAUAUUCUGAGAGGGAGGAAAAGAAAAACACCCUCACCGAAUUCCAGGGAAAGUCUCCUUUGGCUAAAUCUAAAAACACAUCAUAAUUGUGCUUGGUCUGCAACAGAAGACGUAAAAGGAGGUGGUGAAGGCUUACAAGAUGCACUUGGCUGCUUUUGAAUGAACCGUGCAUUGUUUCUUCCUUCUCACAAUGCCACUAACAGUUACACGCUUGGUAGCACAUAGGUCCUUACCAUCAAGUGCCAAACAAGACAAAAUCUUCAAAAUACUCUUCCAGUGUGAAACCAGCAGAAGUCAAAGGAGAUGCAGCAGCAAUUUUUGGUUUAUAAUAAGAAAGCAAGGUGGGAGAGGGACAAACCCAGGUUUUAUAGAUGAUGCAUAGAGAAAAAUGCACAUCAUCAGGGCCUCAAUUUAGAGGGGAAAUCGACAUAAAAACCUGGGGAUAUUGGAUGUGGUAUUCAUUUAAUUUCCAUGCUUAGUUAAGCACUGCAAAGUGUGAUAAAGACUGCAGUCUAUUAGGCUGAUUGUUAAUAUAAGUCAUUUAACUGUGAGAUGCUGCAUAUGUCAGUAGACUAAUAUUAGCCCUCUUUUGCAGGUCACUAUUCUCAUCAGUCUGGCUCUUGCGUUCCUCGCCUGCAUAGUAUUUCUUGUGGUAUACAAAGCUUUUACCUACGACCACAGUUGCCCAGAUGGAUUUGUUUAUAAGGUAAGAAGUCUGAGAUGGAUGAACUGUCUCUGCUAAUGACAGAAUCUAAUUCACCGCACGGCUACAAUUUAGUCCUGCAUUUUCGCAUCAGGAUCAAAGACAUCAUUUGUCAACAACAUGCUGAAAAGCAGUUAGUGAUUUAGGAAAUAGGGGUUGGUAGCACCCUCUGCCAACCACAAUUAUUUUGAACUUGACAGGUUUAGAUCUGCAUGAAGCCAACCCCACAUAUUUCUAAAUGAGCUCACAUAAACUGGCCUUUAGAGUUCGCUCACUAUGAAGAUUAGCCACUGAACAUUUUGGGAUAGAGACUGUGUGCAGUGCAUUUUAGAGGCUUGGUGGCAACUCUCUGUAGAUGCUGGAUGUGUGCCCUUGGGGAGAAACGUGUGCUUAUUCUAGCAGGAUAUUUGUCUUGAGGGUUGAGGCAACAUAGGAUAUAGAAAAGAAAAGGUGGUGGUUACCAUGCCAGUCCUCUAAAAUGAGAGGGAUUUAGUAGGAAGAGGUGAUUUAUUUUGCUGGAUCAACUUGUGGAUGAGGUAAGCUGGAAGAGCAAAUUUCAAAGUCUCAUCAUAACUGGGAGUGGGGGAGGGAUGAGGGAGUGAGGUUGGGGAAGGUUAAGUAUGGACAGGUGUGAAAUGAACACCUGCCACCCAGUGAGUUUUCUGGUUGACUGGAGAUCUGAACCUGUUUUCCACAUCCUAACAAGACAAUCUGGCACACACUAUAUUUUAUUCUAGAAUCAAUGGAGACUGUGUACACUACUUGCUUUUUCUAUGCAGUCCACGCAGAUCAGAUCUGUUGCUUUUGGGGGGUGGGGGGCUGAUUUCAUUUUGAAAAUAAAGGCUCAGCUCAGCUGGUUAGAGCAUGGUGUUGAUAAUGCCAAGGUUGCAGGUUCGAUCCCCAUAUAGGACAGCUGCAGGGGGUUGGACUAGAUGAUCCUCAGAGUCCCGGCCAACUCUAUGAUCUAUUGACUUCAGACUGAUUCUGCAUUACCCCGCAGAGUGUCCAUUUGAAAACGGAUGUAGGUGGUCCUGGCAAUGGAGGAUAUAGCCACACCUUUCCAAUGAUGUUGUCAGUGGGCGUUUACCAAGAUUUCAAUCACCAUGUACAUGUGAAGGGAGUAAAAGGCAUGGAUAACCUAACUGAGGGGAGGUUUUCAAACAUGUAACAAGUCACCACCCACCCACCCACCCUUGUGGAUGGCAGGAUCUAGAAUCAAUCUCGAUUGAAAGCAUCAUGUUGAGGUUGAGCAUGAACAAUUCAGGACAUGAAAAACUUCACUUUUUGUGCUACAAACGGGUUAGUGUGUGCAGCCUCUGUCCCUUGCCCUGAUACUGAAUAUAUUGGGAGGGAGGGAAAUGUUCAGAAUUUCCUGGAUCAAUGCAGGAUGAAUAAUGUUUAUUUUUUAAAAAAAGUUUCUGUAAAUGAGAUUGCUACUUGAUGGUCAUGCUUCUCUUCCUUCCCUUCAGCAUAAGCGGUGCAUUCCAGCCUCCCUGGAUGCUUACUAUUCCGCUCAGGAUUCCAACUCCAGGGGCAGAUUCUACACCGUCAUCAGCCACUACAGCAUGGCCAAGCAAACCAGCUCACGGUCCGUCUCUCCCUGGCUUUCCUCCGGAUCGGUAAAUCACGAAGCCAAGGCCGCCAAGACAGAAGGCCAUUAAAGCCAGCUGGUGGCCUAGGGAUGGAGGGGAACGGGGAAGAACAACAUCAUGUCUCUAAAGCAUUGCUCUAGUUCAGCGAGGGCACUGGGCAAUCAGUGCAGCAAGAAUAAAGCAACUCCAAGUGCAGGUGUCAUCUUAAUGGAUAUUUCCCUCUCUUUCUUCUCUCUCUCUCUUGCUCUUUCACUCUUUCUCUCUCCCCCCUCCUUUGGUGCAUUGUUCUCGUUGAUUUGUAACUAAGUCAAAAUCCUGUACAAAGGCAUGUUAGGUGUUGACUAUAUCUUAACAAUGUACAAAUAUUUUUAAAAUCAUUGCUUAAGAUUUGUUAGAAAAAUGAAAAAAAUAAUGAAAAAACACACAAACAAAAGCAAAUCCAGAGGACAUUUGCGAGGAAGUAGAAGAAAUCACAAGCAUAAUUUCUCAGGCCUUCCUUGCCCGCCCCCAAAGGGAAAACAGCAACAACACACAAUACUGUGGAAUUUGUCUGUCAGAUUAAAAGGGAAACUUGUGUUGAUGGAGGGACACAAUAGAAUGUUACACUAGGCUGGGCAAAAGGGCAUGAGCUCUAGCCCAACUUAGGGCUUUACAGAUCUGAUCUAUAAAAUGAAGAUGGAUGCGGAAGCCCUUGAUGCAAUGCAUUCAUUGGAGUCCCCUGCAUGUGCAAUGACCUGGUGGAUCAUGGCUUCCAUUUCUUUGGUUUCUCUCUCAGAGGGAAAUACUGAGGAAGGGCCAUAGCUCAGUGGCAAAGCAUUUGCUCUGGAUGCAUAAAAUCCCAGGUUCAAUCCCCAGCAUCUCCAGAUAGGGCUGGAAAUGUCCCCUGCCUGAAACCCUGGAAAGCCACUGCCAGUCAGUGUAGACGGUCCAGAACUAGGUGGAUCAGUUGUCUGACUCAGUAAAAGGAGACUCCUUAUGUUUGUGCCAAUUCACAUGUCUAUAUUGACUAACAAACUGAGUUUAAAAUGUUCACCCCCACCAGGCCACAAUUGAGCUGGUCUGAUGGCAACCUUCUUGCUUUCUAAAAUACCUGUCCUAUUAGAUGUCGGAAAAGCUGAAACAAGAAUAUCUGAAAUGACCUCUUUCUGCUUCAGAGGCCACAGGAGGAUUGAUUCUCCAGUGCAGUGAGCAGUAUUUUGAGGAAGAUAAGCCCCUGAAAUUAGCUUAUUCUGUAGAUAAUUAGUAGCUUACAAGAAAGGUUCUAUGAACACAAUCCAGAGGUGAGCGCCUCUCAGACUUGCAAACCUAAAUGGGUUUUUUCCUGCUCUUUCUGCUUCAGCUGUUCCUCACCUCAUUCAACCUCCAAUUGUCUUAUUUUUCAGACAAAGUGAUUAUUUUAUAUAACCCCCCCCCACAUAAUCUGCAUGUUACUUGGAGCUGUUGUGGAAAGAACAGGCAGACAAACCCCUUGUGUACCAUAUGCAUGUUUUUCCUUGCUGGACCAUAGCUAGAUUCCUUAGAAUGAUAUGUUUUAAUCCCUCUAGAGUCAUAUUUUUGCCUUGAGCUAUGAAGCCAAAAGCUAAAAUACCCAACUAUUACCAUGUAGAUGGCAAAGAGACAUGGAGCCACUUUGCAUAUACCAUUCCCCACUCACAAAGAAAUAGUCUAAUUCCUCGGGGUGGGGGGAAGCUGAGUCUGGAUAGCUCAGUUAGUUAGAGCCUGGUGCUGAUAAUGCCAAGGUUGCAGGUUUGAUCCCCACAUGGGGCAGCUGUAGAUUCCUGCAUCGCAGGGGGUUGGAGCAGAUGAUCUUCAAGGUCCCUUCCAACUCUACAAUUAUAUAAGUCUAUAAGUGUUUAUUUUGCCAAGAAUACUUGGCUGCUGCAUCUAGCAAUCUGGUUUAUACUGGGUCAGAGCACUGGUCCAUCUAGCCCAAUGUUGUCUGCUCUGACUGUUAGCAGCUCUCUGGGGUUUCAGGCAGAAAGAGAGAGAGCUCUUUCACAUCAUCUGCUACCUGAUCCUGUACUUGGAGAUGUCAGGGACUGAACCCAGGACCUCUUGCAUGCAGAUGAUUUGUGCUACCACUGAGCUAUGGUCUCACCAUUUUCCUGCAUAAAAGCCAACCUUUAAUUGGUAAGACUUCAGGAAAGGGUGUUCAUUUCCCAUAAACAAGUCUUGCUAGGCUUGUCAUUGGUGGGACGGAGACAAGUAUAUUUUGACCACAUCAAGAAGAGUGGAUUCCAUGCCAGUCUCCGCCACCAGCUGACUGCACAAAACCACCUCGUUGUGAAAACAAAGUACUUGUGUGAAUUGACCCUUAAGCCCAAUAUACUUUACAUGGUUUGGAGCAGGGGUGCUGCUUCCUUGGAGUGGAUAGUGGUCAUCAGGGCAGGGUUUGGCAGCAUUUCUGGCUUCCUAGUGUGGAGGUUGCUGCUGGUAACUGAGAGGGAGAGGGUCGAGGCAGCUGGGAGGUUGGCACGGUGUGGAUGCAGCGGCAGGAACAUCACAUCAGCUCUGCUGCUGAACCCGCAACCACACUCGACUUCACUGACACCUCCCCUCUCGGUUAGCAGCAGUGAUCUCGUUGGGAAGCCUGCUGGGCAAAGCUGUCCCCUGCCACUGGAUGCUACUGCUUGCAUUAUCAAGUAAACGUCAAGGCUUACUAGCACCACCUUAGAUGCCCAGAUCAUAUGGGCACUUCCAUGCAAUUUGAUGCCGGUGCAGGAAGUCCCAGGGCAUAGUUUGAGGGCAUGUAAUGCAACCUCCUUGUUAAAGCUAAGCAGGUCUGGGUCUGGUCAGUGCCUGAAUGGGAAACUGCCUAGGAACUCCAUGUUCACUGUCUUAUGAUGGAUCACGGAGGGAAAGCAGGUUAUAAACAUACUGAAGAAAUAUUACAACUUUUUUGAGUGAAUGAUCAUUAAAUUAGAUGUGCUGGAAUUUGCUUGGGCGUGGUCAACGGGAGCAACGUCUCGAUGAUUAUGCCCAAAGUGAACC